UGCGUCACGUGCGUGGCGGCGUCAAAGCCCCCCUGCGUAGCGCUCCUUCCGCCCCUUUUCCGCCAGCUGCGCUUCCGGCGGGAGGUAGGUCUCUGCUUGAGUGGCGUUUUAGGGAGCGGGGCGGCGGCGGCGGCGGUUGCAGGCUUCCUGCCUCAGGUGGCGUUUGACGGUUGGGAGAGGGUCCUUCUCCGCCACCUCCGUUUCCAGCUCAGCUGAGGGCGCUGAGGGAAAGCCCGGCUGACGGGUUGGGUGGGGCUUUUAUUUUUAUAUUAUUUUAUUUUGCCAAGGAAGAGAGUGGGGGAAGGGAGUUAACUGGGAGGGGUUUGUUGUUUGUAUUAUGCGUUUUCUGUUUUUAUCUUGUGUUUUUAUGCUAUGAACUGCCCUGAGAUCUUCAGAUGAAGAGCGGUAUGCAUAUAUAUAUAUAUAUAUACACACACACACACACACACACACACACACAAAUACACACAUAUGUAUAUAUAAUACAAGCACACACACAUAUGAAAAAAUAACACAAACAUACAACAAUAAUAAUAUGAAUAAUCUGAAAUAAUUAUUCGUAUUAUGAAAUAAUAAUAUAAGUACAGUCAUACCUCGGGUUGAAUAUGCUUCAUGUUGAGCGCAUUCAAGUUGCGCUCCGCGGCAACCCGGAAGUAACGAAAGCAAUGUGCGCAUGCGCAGGCGUGCCGUCACUAGUUACAUUUGCUUCUGGAUGUGAACGGGGCUCCGGAACGGAUCCCGUUCGCAUCCUAAGGUACCACUGUACAAACACCACACAUGCAUACCCACUGGCCGGCUCGUGGGUGAGCCGUGGGAUGCCACCGUGCGCUUUGGGCUUUCUGGGCCACCAGGCUCUGUCAUGGGUCAUGGCCAGCCUAGUGUCACAACUCAGACAGCGCGCAUGAAACAUGCUCUGGUUCAGCAUCCUUGUACAGUUGUACCUUGGAAGCCAAACAGAAUCCAUUCUGGAAGUCCAUUCAACUUCCAAAACAUUCGGGAACCAAGGUGUGGCUUUCAGUUAUCUACAGGAAGCUCCUGCAGCCAAUCGGAAACCGUGUCAGACGUUCGGGUUCCAAAGAACGUUCGUAAACCGGAACAAUCUCUUCCAGGUUUGCAGCGUUUGGGAGCCAAAACGUUCGUCUUACAAGGCGUUCAACUUCCAAGGUACGGCUGUACUUGAUCCAUCACUUGCAAUGCCUAAUCCUAACCUUGCUUUACUCGAAAGUACCAUUUCGCCAUGCUCAGCGAGGUUUUACCCUGGAGUAAGCUAGUGAAGGAUUUGAGCCUUGAAUCAGUUUAUUGUUGCCGCCAUUGCUUUGAGCAUGGAGGUCAUGCCCAUGGGUCGCUCCUUUCACCUUUUCAAGCCAAUGUCUGGCCGUUCAGUUUGCCUAGUGCAGAAGGCUUGGGUGAUUUGCAGUAGAUCUGCAAAAUUUCUGAUUCCAAACUUAAGUUAAAAAUAGCAGGAAUGAAAUAAUGCCCCCCAUGCCCUAAGUUAUACUACAGAAUUAAAUAAAUUUAGUACUCAAAUUGAUUUAAUUGCAAGUGCAAGUCUUUUGAACCAGGCUCUUUUUAGUGUGUGUAUCUGUCUUUCUGGUAAAAGACCCCAAGCCCAGUACAUAAGAUGGACCACCGCUGCUAUGCCACCCUCCAGGCGGUGAUGGUGUUGCCACUUGCUGGAUGCAGUGACAAGGGCAGGGGAAGCAUUGGGUUGGCUGGCGCAGGCAUUGAUACAUGCAUGCUUUCACCUGUGACUACCAUUCCACUUCCUGCAUACUUUGCUGCCGUACUCCCAAGUAAGAGUGGCACUGCCACAUGCAGAACAAUGGUGCAGUUGUAGUGCCCCAUCUCGCACACUGCAAUAGUGCACACCUGAAGUCUGCCCAACCCAGGUAUAUCCUGUAGAAAGAAGGGCACUGUGGCAGGUAAUUUCAUGCUUCCUUUUGAGGUGAAUCAUUUUGGCUCUUGGUUCCUUUCAGAUAUCUCUGACAACAAACUGAAUGCCCAAUACGGUAAUGUUCCCCUAAAAGUAGUUUCAUUGGAGUUGCUGACACAAGUAAAUAGAACUUUAAUUCCUAAUUCUCAUCAUGGGUGUGGAUCUAAAUGUCCAACUGGUAUAGCAGGAAUCAGGGCGUUCAUGUACAGGCCACCCACAUGGAGCUAGUAGUUCACACAGACAGUGUUGGCUGGGAGCCUGGCAGUGAUCCUAGAACUCCCAGGGUUUUCAGAUGGGUGCCCCCAUGCAUCUGAUCCAGCCCUAAUUCGAAAGUUGAGAAAUUUCAUCUUGAUAUUCCUUAGGAACCAUCAGCACUUAAGAAUUAAACACACCUUAGCAAGCCAUUUUAAAUCACACAAUUGAGUCUUUCUAGGUUUUAUCGUAAUUGGUGCAAUGUAAACAUUUCACUUUUUUUCCUGAUUUAGACUGCUGAAUAUAUCAGUCUUUCAUCAAAGAAGAAAGCUAUAAUGUCUCACGCUCGCAAGCCCCCUCUUGUGACGGGCAUUUCUCCCAAUGAAGGCAUCUCAUGGACAAAGGUCACAAUUCGAGGAGAGAACUUGGGAAUGGGCCCAACAGAUCUAAUAGGUAAAGUCAAGAAAGCUGUUUCCAUUUUGAUGGCAGUAGUAUGCAUCCAGCAGAGUUUAUUUGGAAAUGUGCAGUUGCUGAUAAUUUAUGGUAGUGGUAUUAUGAAAACACUUGAUAGACAAUAAAAAGUUGUUGGUUUUUCUUCAUGAAGUUGAAGAGAUCCUUUCCUAAAUACCGGGGGAGGAAUUCAGUGUUGUGCUAAAACAAACGUUCAGUUAGCUUGAGUAUUUCCGCUUGCGUGACAGAACAACCCCUCUCAACCCAUGCACUGUUCUGGGGGUUCGCCCGACACCUCUGGAGCCAAUUUGAGGGGUGGGGAAGAGGGGGGAGCCCUGUUGCAGAACUGCUUAGUUGAGUGCAGCCCAGGGGAAGUGUUGUUGCGGUAUUUCUUCCUGAGCUUCCUUUUUCUCAGAUCAUGUUGAAAUGAUGGGUCAGUAGGGAUGCAGUGAAAGGUUUUCUGCCAGGGGAAAUUUAAUUUGCCCCUUCAAGUGUCUCAUGCCCCCAGUUUUUAGAAUCACUACAGUAACAUGCCACUUGUUCUCUUUGAGCAAGCUUGCUGUGUUGUAUCUGUAUCGUCACUUUCACCCGGUAGUCAAGACUGAGUAUUUCAGUACUGGCUACUAAUGUUUAUGUAUUUAGAGCAACACUUUAAAAAAAAUUCUGGAGUGAAUCCAUAAGACACUUGAGAUGCAUUUGUGGGCUGUAAGCACUUCAGGUUCCCCCGAUAAUGAUGAAAUAAAAAAUAUUCACUGUUAAGCAACAUUUGUUCCUCUGCUUUGUGUGACUCUCUCAGGCUUGACAAUCUGUGGACACAACUGUCUUCUGACUGCUGAAUGGAUGUCUGCCAGCAAAAUUGUGUGUCGAGUAGGUCAAGCUAAGAAUGACAAAGGGGACAUUAUCGUCACUACAAAGUCAGGGGGCAAAGGAACUUCUACUGUUUCUUUUAAACUCCUGAAACCUGAUAAAAUAGGUAUGGUUGUAUUAUCCACUUAUUUCUCUUCCUGUAAGUAUUGUUCUGUAAUAAAAAAGUUUUGUAAAAAAAAUCUUCACGGGAUGUGCAAGUGGGUUUCUUGAACAAAUCGUAAGACUGUAUUUAUACAGAUUUAUACUAUUGGCCCAUCUAGUCCAGUUCUGUCAACUCUGACUGGCAACAGUUCCCCAGCCUGUCUCAGGCAUAGGUUUUAUCCAUGCCUGCUCCUUGAAGUUGGUAUUGAACCUAGGGCCAUGUAGAGUAUUUAUUCUGACCUUGAACGUCAGCUGUUCUAUGUAAAAUCUUAUGAAUUCAAAAUACUUGAGCUUCUCUUGGUUGCUGAUCAGUUUUUAAAUUAGGCUAUUCUCAUACUAGCACCUCAAGCUCAUGUAUAGCGGUAUGUUCUGUUGUAUCCAAUGGGCAUUCCACUGAGUUUCUAAUAAAACUGCUUUGAUUAUAUGAUUAUAUACAUGAUAUACCGGCACUUGGUAGCAUAAAAUAUAUUUGAAUCUUUCUGAUGCUAUUUGGGCACGUGUGCAUUUUAAAGCAGGAUGGAAUGUAGAGCCAAAAUUAAAUGUUUUUUUUGUUGUUGUUGUUGUUUUGCCAGUUGAAGUUUUCCCUUUGCAGCAUAGAUACAGGAAAGCAAACAACAACUACAACCCACCAUAUUUUGUGUCGUAGGUGAGAAAUCCAAAUAAAAUCCUCUGAGAACCAUAUUGCUCUGUAACUCUUUGGCUGCAGAGGCAGAUUAGGAGCAGUGUUUUGAGGUUGCUUUUACCCUAUUUUCCCCCAGACAGUUAUCUAAGUAUGCAUUUUAUACUUGUAGGACUUUUUGACUUAGUGCAUGAGAACUUCAUGAUGCUCGACAGAGCUUGUUUUUCUAAGGAUAUCUCUUUUGUUUUCUCAAGGUAUCUUGGAUCAGUCUGCAGUCUGGGUUGAUGAAAUUAACUAUUACGACAUGCGCACUGACAGGAACAAAGGGAUGCCCCCUUUGUCUCUGCGCCCAGCUAAUCCUCUUGGUAUUGAGAUAGACAAGUGAGUACCAAGUAGUGUCAAUUUACAUUCUUACCUGACUUCCCUGUAAGAAUUCAAAAAUAUUUCAGAAUGUGAGAUUUGAAGAAAGCAAGACUAUAGUCUGAUUUCACUUUGCCAUGGAAAGAUAGUGUUUCUUCAGUUUCUUAUUCUGGAAAUGGGAAGAAUAAUUAUAUUUCUAUCUGAGGUUAUGCCCUAUCAACUCAAGAAUUUCUGCAUGUGCAACAGGUCUUUCCCCCCUGCAUGUGUGCCAGUCCCUCCCCAAAUCUAUUCUUGACAGUUAAGCGGAAUCCCCCAGAACAGAUCAAGUUUUAGCCAACUACCCAGAGUAGGCUCAUUGAAAUUAAUUGAACUGUUACUCAUGUUCAUUAAUUUCAGUGUGUGAACUCUUGAGUGGGGCUGACAUUGGAUACAACCCUUAGUUUUCAUAACAUAUUGAAUAUUACUGUUGUUCAUAUUUUUGUUUAUGAAAAUAUUUCCACACCACUUUUUAUUUACAGAGAGGUGGUUCACAGUAAUAAAACAUAACAAAUCUAGUUAAGACUUCAUACAGUGUGAACAAUUUUAAUAGCUGUGGGGGAUGACAAGAUGAGGUGGCAAAUGACCUGAGAUUAGCUGUUAAAAGCACUAGCUAGUUUUAUGUGAUUCUGUUUAGAUUGGGAUUUGCAGGAGGAGUUGCAGAGUAAAAAGAUAUUUUCCAUCCAUCUGCCUUUUUUCUUUUAGUUUUUAUUGAAAUACUAAUUUGUUUCCUAACCACAAAUCUUAGUGUUUUUAUACACAAAUGCCACAUUUAUGCAAAGGUUCCAGUAGUUGCAUUCAUAUAAAAAACAGUUUAUAUAUAUUUAAAACACUUGCUGUCAUAGCAAGUUAAGUGCUGCAAUUCUACUCUAAUAUUGCAGAUGAACAUACCAUGAAGAAGUAGAUGCAGAUAGCUGGGCACUGGGCCAGCAGCCCUGAGGUUCCUGUCUGGUGUACUGUCCUGUCUACUUCUGCAGUCCUAGUGGUGAAGGAACCAGCCAGGAAUGAGAACAAUGGGUAUAGAGAUCUCUGGCCAUGUGGUAGACAUGACUGUGUUCAGGAGCUCCUUAGGGUCAGUGGUGGUACAGGGGUUUGCUGAUGGCUCCUUGUCCUCCUCUUUCAUUGAGGAGACAACCAGCUCCAGGUCUGAGCAAGGCUGAACCUCGAUACUUGCACAGUAGACGGAGAAGGGACAGGCUUUCAGACAAACCAGCACAGCAAAUAGUGCUCAUCUUUUUUAAAAACAAAAAAAACAAAAAACUAACUUUAGGGAUAUUGACAUACAACAUACAACAACAUAGUAGUUUUGGCUAGCAUGUGACCUCAAUGCUACAAUAGCAAUUUUAACAAAAAUCUUUCUAAUCUGGGUAUAGUGUUUCUGCUAAAUGUAGCAGACAGUAGUUACUAUGUAUUGUAGGUUCAAUCCCGUAUAAAUUAGGUUACUUUAUUUAAUUUCCAAGAGGACUAUAUGUGUAGCAGUGCAAAUGUCUACAGCAGUGGAGAACCAAUUCUAGCAGGAAAGCCAUUCUUCCAUAAUGGCUAAUGCUUGGCUCCUAAAAAAAUUAACUUAAGGAAGUUAACACAAGGAAAGCUUCCUGUUCUCCUAACACCCACUAUCGAACAAGGUCACUCAGGUUUCAGAAACCUGAAAACCCAGACCACAAUAAACUUAUUUGCAUUUAAAGUGUCAUAGGACUGUGUUUUUUUGAGCAAUACAGUUACUCUGUGCUGAUAAAACUGAUUUGUAGCAUAUUUCUUUUCUGAGAUGAAUACACAUUCCCUAAAAUAUGACAGUAAUGAGCAAUCCUACAUAUACUUCAUCUGCCUAGGACAGGCUAGGAAUAAUAGUACAAAGCCUGUGUGUGCUUUGUGUUCAGUUACUAUGUCAUUCCUAGGCAUUUCUCGAAAUAUUUGCAGUAGCACUACAUGUCGUUUUAUUAGUAAAUUUAAAAAUGGUUUCCAUCUGCAAAGUCUAGCUUGCUGAGCAUACACUGCCACCUAAUGGAGUAUGUGAAUCCUCUUUUGUGUAGGCAAAGUUGACAAUUUUAUCAGAGGUAGUUUAUUUUUUUGUUUAUAUGUAAAUACAAGAAGGCUGUCAUUCAGCAGCUCAGCUGGGAAGCUAGCUGCAGGCUCAGUUAAAUAUUUUGAUUGUCAGCAUCAGAAGUCAAAAUCUUACAAGGAAAGAAAACUCUUCAUAGCAAUCUAGGCAAGGUGAUGCCUUCAUAGGCCUAAUUUGGCCAGUGUUAAAACAUUUCCAAUGAUUUAAUUGUGCUCUUGGCUCUUCAGUUGAAUGGAAUAAAAGUGCUCAGCUUUGAUCAUAUUUUGCCCUGUAUUCGCCAUCAGUUGAAGGUCCUUCUGUUGUCUCCCACAGUCUUAUAUGGAUGCAGUCAGCAAUAGUGAAGUGAGGUUCUGCCACAUCAGUGUUGCCCUUAGGCUGGGUCCAGAUUUGCCAUUAGCUGUCCUUUGGACUGUUUCCAAAGGCCAUCCUUGUCCUCUGUCCUACCAUUGGAGAAAGUCCUUGUUAACACCUUUGGGUUUGUCCUGUUUAGUCUACUCCAGCGUCCUUUCUGCUGGUCUUCUGCAUGCAUGAGUAACAGAAUACAGCUGGUACAAACGUUUGCUCCUAUGAGUCUGGCGGGGGGGAAUGUGAAUGGUUACUUAGUUUGUUUAUGGUGGUUGCCAUUCAGUCUUUAUUUACUUAAAAUGGCUCUUCUUGACCUAUAAAAUCCUAUGGAAUCCAGUUCACGGGACUUUUCACUGACAGUGUCCAGUAGAACUGCCUGGUUUUAGUUUUUAAAUAGAUUUUACAUGGCUUUGUGCACAGAAUCAUUACCCCUGGGUGGUUGAUAACUUUUUAAAAGCUUUAUUUGUGAGGCACAGAUUUACAUUUCUUCUUAUAUAAACCUGUCAGAUCCCUCCAUAUAACUAAAUUCUCUCAAGGGACGCAAUAGUGUUAAACUGUUUCCUCUGAAGCAUUUGCUUAAAUGGAGUAUUCUCGCACCCAGUUUCCAAACUAGCAUCAGAAAUUGUAGCCUGGCAGCCCCUGGAGGGCCAGAGGUUCCCAACCCAUGACUCAGGGAGAAGGAAAAAUUGCAUUCCUUUUCUGUCUUCCCAUCCAACCUCAAGAGCCCUGCUCAUCCUUAGGGGGAAGUAAGUAACCCAGGCUACCACCUACUUUAUCCUUUCCUCAAGAGGCAGCCUCUGUCUUCAAACCUCUCCUCUUCUUACCCCAUUUCCACAAUUACUUCUGAGGCUUAUGAGACAUCAGGAGGAGUCUGAAGGCUUUCCGAGUCUUGCCAGCCCCACCCCUGCAUUUUGGCAUCCCAUCCUAGCCAAUUACUGGUCAGACUACUGAAAGGCAAGUCCAGCAGUUCCUUCUCCACAGUUAGUUUUAGAUGAGCCAAGCAGAGGCAUCCAGGAAGAAUAGCAAUGACAGGUAUAAAAAGAGAAGAGAGAUUAGAAGAAUAAAAGAAGCACUGCAGAUUAUCAACAUACUGAUAAUGAAUUUAAAAGAGGAAAUCAUCGUGACAAAAGGAAGAUGAUAAGAGGUGGAAAGAAGAUGGAUGCUCUUUAAAAGCUAUAAAACAGUAAUAAUGAAAUAUACAUAUGCAUCAAAAAUCAAAGAAGAAUUAAAUGUUAUGCAACAGUUUAUAUGUUACAGAUUAUAUUUUAACCACUUUUGGGGCUGAACGUAAUAUUAAUACAAAAUACCAAUAUAAAAUAUAACAGUAAUACAAAGUAAAUAUUAAUACAAAAGAAAAAAAAGGCAGUACAGUCAACCAGAACAAUAUAGCAAAUAUCCAAAUACCCACCAUUCACUUUCACGGGCAGCUUUCGGCGCAGAUGUAAUUUCCAGCAUUCUUUUUGGAAACUGGGAUAACUCACACUACCCCCACCUUUUCCAGUCUCUCAUUUCUAAUCAAGUUCAUUCACAACAGUAGCCUAGGGGGCGUGGCCUCAGCCUUAUCAGACAGUGAAAGAAUGCCCCCCCCCCAGCAGUCAUUUCGUUGGUGUCAGCCCCUUUAGGGUUUCCCCACCAGGACUGUCCUGCCAGGGGUCUCCAAGUAGAUACGCUACCCCCCCAAAAAAACAACUAACCACAGCUAUAGCAAAUUCUUGUUCUUCAUGAGUAGGAUGAGCUGGCCAAACACUAUGGAUCCACCAACCGUUAGUAUCCUCUUUACAGCUCUCCAUAGUCCUGUUACCGACUUGUCUAUGACUCAAUAAGCCAAGUUAAAAAGCAAAUGAUUGAAUACUCAGUUUUGUGGAUAACUCAAAUUUUCAGUGAUCUCUUAAGAGCACAUUGAGCGGAAUGACAGUAAUAAGAACCAAAUUGAAAUGGAUCUGUACAUGUUUCAUAGUUGAACUUUGGAAUUAUUUACCAUGAAAUGUGCUGAUGGCCACCAACUUAGAGGGCCUUUAAAAAUUCAUGGAGGAUCUGGCUAUCAAUAGUUACUAGUCAUGAGGAUUACUAGUUACUAGUCAUGAGGAUUAGAGGUACCAUGGCUGAUAUUCAACUAUGCUCUACUGGUAGUAGAUCCAUUUAAAUUAAUGGACUUAAGUUUCUUAUGUUGAUGGACUGCAGUAGGUUUGCUCUGAGUAUGACCAUCAUUGGCUAUCAUCCCAUGAUUUUGAAUACCAGUUGCUAGGAAAGAACGCUGAGAGAAUGCCAUUACCCUCAUGUCCUACUUUUCAGCUUUUUGGACUAGAUAGGCUUUUGGUCUGAUCACAGUUGUUAAAUCUGCAUGUAAUUAAGACAUGAAUAGCCUCUGCUGUAUCUGUCUUCUCCAGAAGAGGCCAUAACUUCCAAAACAGCCGAAUCUCGUUAAAAAUAAAGAAAUCUAUCCAUAGUCACCACUUGACUAUCCAGGAAAAGUAAUGGAUCCAGGAGCAUCUGCAAGCUAAACCCAAAUGGUGGAACUGCAGUCUAAAGUACAUCAAUCUGAUUAGUUUUAUCAGUAGUGUAAACAACACUCCCUUAAUUUGUUUCACUUGGAUUUAUCUCAGAAAAAGUGAUUGUGUAAGGCAGAGCUUACCAAAUUGUGUGUCGCGGCACAUUAGCGUGUCAGUUACAGUGUGUAGGUGUGUUGUGCAAACUCUCCCUGUGCUCCUCCCGGGGUUGGAAAGGGGUUAGUUUAACCUCCAGUUUGCUAGUAAAACUGAAUUACUGUGUUGUGAAAUGAUGCAUGUCUAAAAAGUGUGUCACCAACAUGAAAAGUUUGGAAAGCUCUGGUGUAAGGUGUGCUUACUGCUCAGUGACUGCAGAACUGAGGAGUGACUUAUAUUUGUGAAAUAGAUGAAUCACUAAAGAUCUCCCAAUAUGACCCCAAGCACAAUGCUUUUAAUUUCAAUUUAAUUUUAGAAAUUUUCAGUUGAAAGUUUAUAAAUCAGCAUUGCAAAUCAUGGGCAACUCAUUCAUAACAUCAGUAUCAUCGUUUAAUGAUGAUGUAAUGAGUGAACGACUUCCAUAUGUGAAUGAGCCAUAAGGAAUCCUCAUUACCAUAGAUAAUCAUGCCAUAGCAUCUCCACCACAGAGCUUUGUUGAGUGGUCAUGUGGUAAGAAAUCAAGUGGUGAACAUGCAUGUGUGAAUUCCCCUUUAAAAGGCUAUUUAUGGGGAAACGUCCCAAAAUUCUAAAGAUGGUGUUGCUUCUCGACAUACCUCCAGGGGAGCCAGCCAAAGCAAAAGCAUUUGAAGUUGCAUUCUUCUUGAUGUGACACUUUUAUUUUGUUUUUAAGAUAAAUUAGAUACAUAAUGCCAUUUUACAUUUUCCAGGCAGCUCAACAUGUUCUCUCUUUGGUUACAAGCUGACGUUUGCCACCCCGUAUUUUGACUCUCACCUCUCAAGUAAGACAGAUAUCAUAGACUCACCAUUGUUACUGUUGCAGGCUGACUAUGGUACUUGAGCCAGUAAGCAAGUCCUAGAAAUUAAUUUGACAGUGGAAUGCAAUGAAAACAUAACACACUUUGAGUGGAGCCAACUGUCUCAUAUACUGUCAUCCAGUCCAUUUGACAAACUGAGCUAUGAUAAUCAAACCACUUACCAGAAUACAAUUCUGUUUUUAUUAAUGGACGUUGCCCAAUGGUCCUCAUCCUAUCACAGUCUCACUUGAUUUCUUUUUGGCAUGCUUUCAUAAGCCUGUGUGUAUUUUGUGAUUAGUUUCCAGAAGCAUAGAAAUUGAUACUAGGUGCUGUAGUCAACAUCCUGAAAUGUUAUUUCAUUUUUAAAGGGACUUCUACUUACUUAUUUAUUCAAACAUUUUUAUGCCACCUUUCAGUCCUAACAGUGGCCUCCAAUGUGGUUGAUUUAAUCCUGUUACCCUUAAUUUUUUAAAAAAACUAAAAAAACCAAAACUAAAAAGAACACAGCUGAAAGUUUCAAUAUCAGUUAAAAAAACAAAAAACAACAUUCAGAGCCAAGUGGAAUCUUUGUUCUUUUUUUACUGCCCACUUUGACAGCCUCUGUUUUAGCAGUUGUUUUUUUUAAAUUUAAAAAAUCGCAUUUCCUUUCUUAGCAUUUAAGACUGUCUACCUCUUGUUAAUGUUUAGCUCCUUUUUAAUUGUUGAAUUGAUGUUUUUAUAUUGUCAUUGGACUUUUGUGAUUUUGCUUUUUAUUUUUUAUUUUUUCUAUUUUAAAUAUGUACUGAAAUAGUUAUUGUUUGCAUAGUGUUUGCUAUCAGGAGACUAACUAAUACAUUUAGUAAGCAAGUAAACAAAGUUUGCAAAAUACAAACAGUCUUGCCUUUAUACGUAGCAAGAUGCAGCUCUGCUGUCUAUUUUUUGCAACAUAACUGUAACAUUAUAGCCUUUGGACCCAUAGCAAGACAGGAUGACAGGGAAUGGAGGAAGGAAGGCAUCCUUAUUGCUGACAAUUCCUGAGUGAUUUAGAUAUAUCUGUUCUUCAGUUCAUUUGAGCCAGUAGAAUCUUGUGAGCAGUGAAGAAUAGCGCUCAUGUGGUUUCUGGUGAUCUAAGCUCCACUAUUCAGCUUUCAAGAUGUUAUCCAUAGCUAGAUGCAUUAGAUCUGGGUUUCCCAACCCUCCGACAGUUGAGGCACACAUAUGGAGGAGUAAGCAAUACCUGUCCUCAAAACCAUGUGUUUCUAUAUGAGUAGGUAAUUUGGCAUUGGGAGCAAUAAAGGUUAGGGAAGGACCUAGCUAAGUGUAUGCAGAAGGUCCAAGGGUCAAUUCUCUGCAUCUCCAGGUAGCGUUGGGAGGGACCCUUGUUUGAAAUCAGUAUAAGGUAACUUGCUAUGCUCUUGUGUUAUUGUGACCCAUAGUAUCAGUGUGGUAAAGACGGCAUUGCCCCUACCCUUAGUGCAUCAUUGUCCCUUCCCAAUUUAAAGGGUGUGGAUCCGAUCUGCAUGUGUUGCUUAUAACCACAUUGACCCGUAAUAAAAGAUGUAGUGGAGUAGGGCAGGGAAAAGUGGUUCCAGAUCUCCAUCAUGUCUAUAGGCUAGCGCUUGGAAUUCACCAGGUUCCAGGCACAUUUCACACCUGGCUAUCGGUUAGAAUUCUAUCCAUUAUAUUUUUAUCUUCACAAACAAAAUGAAUUUCAGGAACCAAAAAGCCGUAUUGAAAAAUAGGACUUUCGAGCCAUCUGGCCCCAAAAUGGCAACUAGGCAUUCCGUUUUGGUGACUGUAACCCUGGUUUAAGGGGCCAUUUGGAGCCUAGCUUAUGUAUCUGAGUUUCUAACAUUGCUAUAUAGGCUCUAAACAGAACCACCUGCAAAGGGCUCUAAUUUUCAUUGAACCAUGUAGUUCCAAGGAAAUAAAUGGGGCAACCAAUCCAACACCCUUCCCUCAGACAGAAUAUCCUCUUCAUUUUUUUCCAUUUCUGACCUGAUGUUAUAACACAGAGCCUUAAACUCAUACCAAGUUAUUUUGUUUUCUGUUUCUCUUCCCAUUUUAUGAACAGGAAGAAGAUAAAUAUAAGGGAAUAAGGGGCAACCCAGUCAGAUGGGUGGAAUAUAAAUAAUAAAUUUUAAUAUUAUUAUUCUGUAAGAAAGCAAAUUUAUUUAUUACUGUAAAAGCUUGGGAUCCAUUUCCAUGUGGUCCACCCUGCAAUGGUAAUGUCUGUACACAAAAUUCAUGGGCUUGGGUUUAGCAGACAUCGUUGCUUCCCAUGCCUCAGUGGUAACAUAUGACUCAGGUCUAAGAACAGGAUGUUCACUCAAAGGGGGUUCUGUUUUAUUCUAAAUGUGUCAUGCACCUUAGAGUGUUCGCUUUUAUGGCAGAGUUCGCUGGAGUAGUUAAGAAACAAGAGGUUUGGUUUCUGCUUGUUUGUGGUCUCUUGGCGAAUUUUCUAAACAGGUGAUCCAUGGCUAACUACUAUAAGUAGACGUGCAGGGGUGAUUAAUACAGGAAAACAAAUUAGUCACAGGUUUCAUCCAUCAUGGAACAUAAUGUAGUUGUUAAGUUUCACACGAAUCAAGGAGCCGUGUAAUAUGAUAGAGCUUGCUUACAUGACGUUCAGAUCGGUUUAAUGCAGUGUGUUGUAUGUAGGGCUCUUCUUUCUUUCUUUCUUUCUUUCUUUCUUCCUUUCUUUCAGAAGGGGGUGAAGGAGAGACAGUUGAAAACUCCAAUUGCUUCAGAAUACUUCUGCUAGAUUGUUGACUGGAGCUGGUUGAAUGGAACCUUGCCAGUUACAACCACACUAGCUUCCAGUCCCAUUUCACAGCACAAUUCAAAGUGCUGGUUUUAACUCUUCAAUCUGUACCCAAUAGACUGCCUUCCCCUACACGAGCCUACCUAAAUGUUAAGUUUGUCUUUUGAAGUGCUUCUCUGGGUGCCCCUGCCAUUAGUUAUAUGGGAGAAUACCAUUCUGGAUGUGAUGCCUCCCCUCUGCCAUGCCAAUGACUUACAUGCUCAGAGCUUUAAAAAAUCCCCAGCGGCAUUAAAACAGACCUGCAGACAUUUGCAUGAAAAGUGCCAUGAAAUCCGUCGAUGCCCGUGACACAUGCAGCUUGUAUGUGGGAUUGUAAUGUUAAUGCUUGAUACCUUCAUUUGAAUGACAAUCCAUUGUGUUUGUAUAUGUAAGAGAGCAUUCUUCCUCCUGGCCUUGUUUCAGGACAUAUUUUUUAUUUCCUUUUCAGAGGAAAGUUUCCACAAAAGGAGCUGGAAGCUCUGUUUCCUGGGAUGAGUGCUGACUUCACCAGUGAAAACUUUUCUGCGGCCUGGUAUUUGAUAGAGAACCAUUCAACUACAAGGUUCGUAAAUACGAAAUUUGUGUGGAUGCUUUAAUGCUAUCUAGGAAGUAUCAGUAAUACUGGGUGUGAAUUGGCGGUUGAUGGUUGCACAUCAGUAGCUCAUAAAGAUUUGUGUCAGUGACAUCUUUUACUGACUAUGUGAGGCAACCUUCAGGUUGGUCCAGAGGCUUCAUCUUGUGCAGAACGUGGCAAGCUAGAUUGCUUGUGCAGGCAAAUUAUCGCCAGCAUAUAAUGCCCUAAUUGUGGGACUUCAGGAUAAGGUUACUUGAGAAAUCUCCUUAACACUUAAAUACCUAGUAGUCACCGCAGAGCAUGGGAGAGCUUCUCCUGCAAGUUUCAAAGAUAUCAAAAGCCCACAGUAACUUGGAGCAAGGCUUUUAGUAUGGCUGCCUCUGUUUUGUGGAACAGUAUUCCUGUCGAGAUAUGACAGGCGCCCGCUCUCUGCACUUUCCGGAAACAGUUGAAGACAUUUUUGUUCUGACAAGCUUUCCCAGCUGGAUGAACAGAUCUCUACCAUGGGUUUUUCCUUCCCUCUCCUUUUUCAACUCAUCUGCUGUUAUUUUCUAUUAUGUCUUUAAUUGUUUUUAGCAGUUUUUAUUACGCCAUGCACAUCACCUCAAGACAUACAUGCGGAAGGCGAAUAAAUAAUGAAUAAUAGUAAAUGCAAUGGUUGUGGAUUGCAUCUUAACUCUGAGAUUUGGGGUAAAUGUAUUAAUGUUAGCCAUAAAUUAAUAACUCUGGGAACCAUUUUCGUAUUCAUAAGAUUUACUAUCAUGUUAAUUGAAUGCAAGAGAUGAAUGAAGAAUGCAAGAAAACGUUCACCAGCUUGAAUGGCUUUAAAAGAGAAUUAGACAAAUUCAUGGAGGAUAAGACUAUCAGCUGAUACUAGUCAUGAUGGCUAUCUGUUGCUAUUAUCACAGUAGGGCUCAUAAGUGGAAGAGGACUGCUACUGGGCUUCCCAUAGACAUCUGGCUGGCUACUGCGAAAACAGAAUGAUGAACUUCCUGGGUUUUUGUCUGAUCCAGUGGAGCUCCUCUUAUUUUUAUUAUGAACAUAGCUGAGAAACUUUGCUUGAAAAACCCAAUAAUUUGAUUUUACCGUGUUUUUAAAAAAGUAAACCACCCCAGUACUUUGCCUCUGAUAUGUAUGAAAAAUUGUGCUUCUCAUUUCACCAUUUUAGUGUGUAGAAUGCAUUAUUUCAUACCUCCAUCUAUUUGAAAUACCAAACGCUUUCAUUUCUUGGAAUGUAGCCCUCUAGACGGUAGCCAUAAUUCAUAGCUGGAGUUCAUUGUUAACGUAUUUACUUAUUUAAAUUGAAUAUUCCUCCUCUUGGCAUGUUUGCUGAACCAAGUACAUUUGUCAUUAUGACAAGAAUAAACAAAAGUACAAGGAUAGAAAACCGAAAUUUUAAAAGGCCAAGAUCCAAUUAUUGUUUUAGACUAGUAACAGCAACUAGGAGAUGAAAGAUUUGUAUGAAUGACAUUUUGGUUUGCUAUAUCAUGCAGCUGUAGACAAUUUUGUUAAUUUGUCUAUUUCUAUUCUUUUUUCCUUUUCUUUCUCUUCCCCCCAAAAAUCUAGUGGUUGUUUUUUUAAAAAGAAAAUGUAAAGGACCCAUUACAAUACUUUGUGUUUCAGUUAACAAUAUUGUUUCUAAUAGAUAUUGAGACCUAGCUGGCCUCACAUCUUCUGUAAAACUUCCUACUUUUUUUGUUCUGUUCUCUUCCUUCUCCUUACCUGUUCCAAAUGUUUUUGGUGGUACAUUCACAUAACCAUGGCUUUUUCAUGGUUGAUUCUCAUAUUCUAACCUGGUAGUUUACAACUUCCAUCAAGUAUUAGCAAGCACAACACUGCAACAUGCCUAGUCAGCUCCUGCCACUGGAGAAAUUAGGAAAUUGUCCACUAGGCAUUCUGGUGUCUCUUAAGUGUGUAGCUAGGGUUUUUAAUCUCUUCAUAAUUUAAGUAUCUCAUUUCGUGUUUAUUAUAUGAAUGAAUUCAGUUUGUUUUCUUGCUUCUUGGUUUCAGUUUUGAGCAGCUUAAAAUGGCAGUUAUGAAUUUGAAGAAACAAGCCAACAAGAAAAAUGAGGGAAGUCUACAGUAUGUCAAAGGAGGUCUCAGUACUUUCUUUGAAGCACAAGAUGCCUUAUCAGGUAAGUGUCAGAUGCAGUAUGCAGAAAACUAUUCUGUAUUAAUUGCCUUUAUUUUUGCCCUGAUUUCUAGAAGAGUAUGUGGAUGGACAUGGAUCGGACAAAUAUGAACAUUAUAGAUGACUAAGGUCACUAGUGGAGGCAGGAAGUUCUGAAAAGCUGUAAAUCGAUAGAGAAAAGUACCUGUUAGGUAUUUCCAAAAUAUUUUAUAACUUCCCUCUCCAAAAAUGCUAAUUCUUACUUUUGAAUAGCAUUAACUCACGUGAAUAGAUGCUUACAUUAUUUUACUCUGGUGACUGAGUUAACAGGCUUCUCUAUAUUACUGAGGUAAGAAUUGGCAUAAAAUACAUUUGUUUUCUGGAAAUUAAAUACAUAGAUGUUCUCUUUCAGCACAGUUUGUAGCAGGCCCCUGAAUUCAGAGAUUUGCGUAACCUGGAUCCUUGCAUAAACUGAUGCUUACGUCUCAUCUUAAAACAAUCUGUAGUUCAUAGAAGGAAAAGCUCUCUUUAGUUCUAUCAGCACAGAAGAAUCUGAGGGAAGCUGCUAUCUGGGAUCAGAAUAGAAGUCCUUUACGUGAACAUUUGUCAUUACCCAUUUGUUGAGAGUGUUUUGUUUUUUCCCCUCAUGGGAAGAAUUACAUUUCAGAAAUGUGAGAUUCUGGUCAUGGAACAUUUACAAUGUGUUCUGCACUUUUAUAGGCUUUCUUAACUGCCUUUAUUGUUUAGUUUGUGUGGACGUAGAACUGGAGAGUAAGUGUGCUGCAGUAUCUCAUAGAAGGUGCUUUUCAGUAUUUAAAAGCUUUUUGGGGCUUUUCCAGCUUUUUGAUAGUGCAAAGCAGAAAUGCCCUAUGCUCUUAAGUCCACACAGAUAAAAUCAAUGUGGCACUAAUAUAAUAAUAAAUGUUUUCUUAGUUUAUCUAUUGCAUUGUUUUGAUCAGGCACAUCUCCUGGAAAAACAAACUCUUGUUCGUAAUUAGUGUUGUAAAAUGGAUAUUGGCUUAAGCAUGACAGUUCUCUGCUUUUUAACUAAUUGCCAGUCUGUGUGAAAGCCACAUAAUCUGGGUCUUCUUCCCAUUUGGCAGCAUACAAAAAGAACUAUAUUUCUAGUGUUUGCUGGUAUAAGCAGGGAAUAAAAAUUGGGAAAGUAGGGAUGCCAUGUAACUGAUGCUUCAUAAUCUAAAGAGUUGUAGCGUUCAUUGCUGUUGGACAGGCAUGGUGGUCCAAAUCCAGCCCUUGAAUAUAUUUUAUCUGGUUCUUGGUGGUCAUAUCAGAUUUUAAUCAUGUGGGGCAGAACAUUUUUCGGCACGUUAUUUUUCCAUGGCAAGAUCUUCUUAUUUUGUAAGUUUGUUAGUGAAUCGAUGCCAUUUUCAGAUAUGAAACUAGGCAAGCUUGGCAGGUUCAAAGAGUUUAGCUUUGUUUACCAAAUGCAAGUAAUAUAAACAUACUAAAUUACAUCACCCUCUGGGGCAUCAGUACAUUUUCCUAUGCAAACUGAAAAUUUUCUGCUGCUAAUUACCUAUGCAGAUCAUCUUAAUUUGCCUAGAAAAAUUAAUACAUCUCUCUUGUCAGAUCUUGUCUAUACUCCCCAGUGUACUUUAAUUGUAAAGUGGUUGCAUUUAGAUGAUGCCAGCAUUGGAGCGUGAUCAUUUGUGAGAUGCAGGUAGAAAUGGCAUCUAUGUAACUGAGUGAACUUAUGUGGGUAUACAAACAUGCAAAGUGAUCAAGAAUAUUUCAUAUUUUUACAUUAAACGGAUCCAGUAAAAUAUAUCAUUUUACCUGAUUUGUAAAUCCUUUGGGAAUGCCAAAGCAAGCACUACUGAACUUCCUUCCAGUGAACAUUUUGUUGUUUGGCACAACUGUGUAAGAUCAGCCCUUCUUUCGCUUUCCCUUUUCACAUCUAAAACAAUAGUUUUGUAGACAUUACACAUCCCAAAUCGGUAUGGAUAAUGGCUUUUAAUUCAGCGUUAUUUAGUUAGGCAUGUGAUGUGUGACAUGGCACAAGAAGUCUUAACAUCUGCUUUGGCAUAUUUUUGGCUUGCCCUAUAGGUUUUUCAUUUCUUAUUUUCACAUGAAAGUCAGUUUUAAAGCAUAGGCCUGCAGAACAAGCUUCCCACCCUUGGUGUAAAUUGAUAAAUGAAGGACUUUGGUGGGAAUGAAUUCAGCAAAUAUUCUCCCACCACCGUUCUCAAGCAAGAGGUCCCAUUGCCUAAACUGGAAAUAUUCAAAUGUUAUGUUCUCAGUCCAACCGUUAUUCAGAAAUCCUGUGUGUCUGUUCUUCAUAAACUACCUGUUGUAGUAGGGAUUCCUAGUCACAAUAGCCCCUGAAAUAUGCUACAGAACAAGCAAUAGAGCAAUAGUAGAGAAUAAUAGGACAAGAAUAAAGUUACUGGACAUCAGGAGUGAAGGAAGCAAAGGGGGGGGGAGUAUUUUAAUUUGGAAGCUAGCAUGGGAAUCUUCUGGUAAGAUACCCUAAUUAAAUAAAUGAAGAACUCAGGCAUGGAAAAGCUCUAGAGUUAAGGAAAGCCGUGGCAGUGUGCCCAGGUACUGUUAGUGAAGACCAGUGGUUUGAGGAAGGCGUGAAAAGUUGGUGAGAUAACAAUUAUAUUUAGUUUAUCAUAUUCCACAGUGCCGCAUUGACCUUUCCAAAUUAGAGCACAGUAGGACCUACAAAGUAGUAUAAAAUAAAUUUGCUUCUUGAGAGUCGGAUAAAGCAAGAAAUUAUAGUCAAUGAAGCAAAAUAAAGUAUAUGAAGCAGAACUAUUUUAUACUACAUACAAUAAAGCCCAAUAUAUAAUACAGAAUUUUAAUGUUAAUUUAGAGGACUAAAUAAGGAAACCUGGCCCCCCACAGGUUGAUGACUUCAGCCGUACUGCCAAAGAUCAUACCGUAAGCUUGCAGAAUAGGAGAGUUUAGAAGUCUGAUGUAUCUGGCUCUUAUCAACAGUGCCCGCUUCCCUAAUUCUUUUGUAACAAACACGUACCGCUCAGAUCUAACAAGGGUACUGCUCAGACAUGUUGUCUCACCCAUUAAAAUGGUUGGCAUUUAACAAGAUGUUUUAUUUCAGCAAUCCAUCAAAAACUGGAAGCGGAUGGAACAGAAAAAGUGGAAGGAUCCAUGACGCAAAAACUAGAGAAUGUUCUGAACAGUGAGUUUUGAACACCCAGUAACAGCUAUUUAUAGACUUUGUGUUUUAUAACAAGUUGAGGCAUAUUUCUUGGACUUUGAAAUUUUGGGGGAAACACAUUUUUUUUCCAGAUUCUUAUUUCCAAAUCAUGAGAAUAUAUGGAGCCUAAGAGUUUAACAAAUGAUAGCAUUGCAUAGGAUUUAAUUCCAAAGGGCAAUUCAUCUGGAUAUGAGGCAGGUUUACGGAGCGUAGUUUAAUAGCUUUUAUUAUAUCAUUUAACAUUUCAUAUUCUUCAGAAGGAGUUUUGAAUAUCAAUCGAGACAUGGAAUAAUUUUGCAAGUACAUGGUCUUGUUUUUCUACAUUGGAUUCCAUUUGUCAAAAUAUCGGAUAAAUGGUAGCCAUUUGGGGAGCAAUCCUAUAGCAACAUCCUCUAACAUGAGCAAUUUAGGAUCUCUGGUGGCGCAUUGAGGUUUCCAGCAUAGCCAGCUUACUCUGGCUGAACUCCCUCUUCCUCGGCUUACCUGGACAUACACUGGCAUUUCUCCUCCAUCCCGACCCAUCUGGUACCCAGCCAGCUGAGCCAAGCUUGCUAAACCUUAAAGGGACCCCUGACCGUUAGGUCCAGUCGUGGCCGACUCUGGGGUUGCAGCGCUCAUCUUGCUUUAUUGGCCGAGGGAGCCGGCGUACAGCCGCUUCUGGCGAACCAGAGCAGCACAUGGAAAUGCCGUUUACCUUCCCGCCGGAGCAGUACCUAUUUAUCUACUUGCACUUUGAAGUGCUUUCGAACUGCUAGGUUGGCAGGAGCAGGGACCGAGCAACGGGAGCUCACCCUGUCGCGGGGAUUCGAACCACCGACCUUCUGAUCGGCAAGUCCUAUGCUCUGUUGUUUAACCCACAGUGCCACCCGUGUCCCUGCUAAACCUUAAGCUGGUGCAAACCCCGGGAAAGGGCUGUUCUGGAUGUGGGACGAGACAGGAAAAAUGGUCACCUCAGUCACAUGACCUGGCAACUCAGCAAAGUUAAGGCAGCAAAAAGCUCAAACUCUAUUUUAAAGGCUUGUUUCUCCUCUGCCAUGCUUAUUCCAGCUCAGCCAGCAGUAGCCUCACAGCCGAGCGGGGUUUGGAUCUGGUGUAGUUUUACAUCAGCUUAACUUACACUGGCUUGCUUUGUGUAUAGGAUGGUUCCCUGGGUCUUUGAUGUGCACUGAAGACACUAACAUUUCCAUUUUCUGUAUCUGAGAAAUUCCUUAGCCUCUUUAGGUUUCCAGGAAUGCUCUGUGCCUCAGUCUGGUGAUACCACUUUAUUUAUUUAAAAAAAAUUAUGUUGAACACACUCUCUCUCUAUAUAUAUAUUUAAAUGUGAACAACUCCUGUCCUAAAUAUAAAAAGCCUUCAAAUUACAGAAUGUGGUUUCUAACACGAAACCUUUGUCACUUAAUGGCAUUUCUGAAAAUACUUGGGAGAUCUGCAGAGACACUGGGAGUUUUUCUCUCAUGUUAUAUUCCACGGAAAUAAUUAUAUUAUGUACGAUCAGACUUCUUUCUUAGCUUUCUACUCAGCCAGAGGCUUAGAUUGCAAGAUCCUGCUACAUGAGAGGGUUCACCAGAUCAACCCUGGUAACCCUGCAGGCCUUGUACCCCUAGAAAGUUGACUCCAGAAAGUGAAAGGACCCUGUGGACCACCUGUUGGGGGGGGGACUGCAGAAAGGGCUGGAAAAUUGUGAAAACUUCCCACCUCUGCAUGACCAAAAGUGGCUUCUUUUUGCAGAAUGGGAUCUUUGGUUUCCUAGCACUAAGAGGGAGAGAUAUUCAUGUUCUCUUAGCAUACCAGCUUGAAUCUUUUAUAGGGGUUUCAUUUCAAACCCUGCCUGGUGAAUGCAGAGAUUUUGACUUCUCUGGAUGAAGCCACGGCAUUAGAGUAACUGAUCCACUUCAUAAGGGUAUGUUAUAUCCAGGACUGCCACACCCUACCCUUCCACUCAAACAAUUUUAGCAGAAGAUGUAACCUUUGCCUCUCUUGCUUUGAAACACAUAUCACAAUUUAAUAAAUAACGGGAUUGUAAUAAACUACAUUUUGAAGGAAGAAGACAAGUUAAUGCUGAAAUCUUAGGUGAUCUAAAAAAAUAUUCAUCCCAGCAUCCUAAAUCAAACUUAAAUAGUGCUGUUAAAUAGGGGUUCAUGAUUUGAAGGCUGGUUUCUAAAUAUGUGAUUAGGUGUUGCUUUUCUCCAUCUUAACCAGAGUUUAGUUGAAAUAACUUGACUUCCAAACUAGGAAACAUUUUUAUUUGGCAUUUUGUUCAAGAGUCUUUCAGACGAACCAUUAAAAUAUGAAGAAAGUGGUUUUUUUUUAUGGUGGUAAAUUGCAAUGGAUAUUAUACUGGAUAAAUUCCAGCACAUGGCUAAUCAGGGUAUUUGGUUAAAAAGAAAAGAAUAGUAUUUUGCAAAAGACUCUUAUUUUGUUUCAUUGUGAUGUAAGUUCUUUUACCUUCCUCAGUGGAAGCAAUACUUCCCUUAAACUGUAUCAGUAAGCACAGAACUGCAUCCUGAUAACUGACUCACUUUUUGAGGAUAUGAGGAUAUUGAAUGAAAUCAGAAAAGUGACAUGAAGGCAUUUUCUUCUCCCUUUUCAUGUCAGGAUGUUUUGUUUGCGUAUGAUUAAAGUCUCACCACUGCAAUUGGAAGUAGUAAGCUUUGAACAGCGGUAUGCUAUACAGAAUCUCAUAUUUAUAGUUUGCUUGUCUGUUGGGACUCUCAUUUCCCUACAGGCAAAGCUGGAGGGAAGCAAGUGUGAGCCAGAAUUUCAGGCACAGUUUCUCACAUCCCAGUUCUUUCAGUCUUAGGACAUCUGGGAAAAGAACUUUAUUUAAAACCAAAGUGAUUAAAAAUGCAAUUUUACCAACUUUUACAAUAUGACAAAUGUAGCAGUUCUGAGGGUUUCAAGACAAGAUCCAGUUAACCUCAGUUGUAUAAAACAACCCUGUUUGAAUAAGGUCAGUUUUUUAAAAAAAUUAAACAGUUUGGCUGACAAUAUUUGUUUUGUAUAAAUAAGAUGUUGCAUACUGUAUACAGAUCUCUAAAAAAUUAUAAUUUCUUGCCAAAUUCCUGGUCAUCUUGGCCAGAAUAGGUGCCAUUUGCUUUAAUAGGAAAUGGUAUAACAUUAAUUGUUGCAGACUAUUAAAGAAAAACAAAUUUUGAAUAAAAAUAGCUUUUCACUGUUUCUACCAACUGGAAGAAGGCUGUUUUUGAAUAUGCUGUCUUGGAGUUCCUUGACUAUGCUGAUCUAUGUUUCAAAACUGGAAAUUUAAAAUCACUAAAAUAUCAGUAAAUUGUUCUGAGCUGACUAUAAAUGUUUCUGAAUCUGUUUCAGACUUUAAAUGAAUAAUGCCAUGUGGUUUUUAAUCAAAAUGCAUUUUGCGACCUUGUUUAUCAGAAGACCACAUUUGAUUUGGAUCAAUAUCACCCUAUUUCAUUAUUGGAACAUUAUUUUCUUCCAGAUACUCGUUUUCCAGAACCAUUUUUUAAAAAACAAAAAAUGUAAAAUAUAAUCCGGUAACCCAUUUCUAAAGAAUAGGAUUUAGCAAAAAUACCCCACUAGGUUUGAAACAUCAGGUAAUUGUGGUGUGUUGUUUUUCCCUCCCUAACAACCAUGAAAUGUAGUAGGACCAAUUCUCCUGGCAAAACAAAGUUUCUUGCAUCGAGGGCUUGAAACUUCAUCAGUGUUUAAACAUUAUUUAGAUAUAACAAUUAUUUUACAAAGGCUACUUCUAACAUGAGCAGCCCACCCACAGUGUUGACGAGAGAAAAUGGCAUGCAAGCCACCCAGUGAGACUGAUGUAAUUUUUUCAUCUUUGCUUAAAUUAUAGUCACUAGACCAGAUAAUGUAGAAACUUUUUUUUUUUUUACAGGCAGCCAUCAAAAGAGCUAAAAACAUUCACCUUUUUCUGGUAAAUUAAAAAUAAGUCACAGGUUUGAAGGAAGGGGGGGAAAGUAAAAUGUCUAAUACAUCUCAUUGUGAGUGAAAGAGGCAGGGGCAUAUUUCUGUCAAACUGAAACAUGCUUUAGUAUUGGAUAUACCAUGUUAGGCCAUGAAGAUUAAACACAAUUAACGGCUUGAUCUCUCAUAAUUUAAACAUUUAACACAGAAAUUCUCAUCCACUCAGGUCCUUAGGUUCCUGGUUCAGGAUCUACUGAAACCAGUCUGUGUUGCUCAAAAUUCUGGAUCCAAAGAAAAGUCAGAGCUUGUAAUUUGAUAAAUUUCUUAAACGGAAUCAUUGAAUGGAAAAUAAUAAGGGCACCCUGCUAGUCACAUUUUCCUAAAAAGUCCAAUUAUCUGUUUAUAAAUAAUAUUUUGGUUCUUCCCACCAAAGAACAAAAUCUGUAUUUCGUUGUUCAUAACAAUGGCAUUAAAAAUCAUGUUUGCUUCAAUGUAUCCUUCUGUAAUGAAAGGAAUGUAUUGUGUGAUGAUCAAAUUGCCUGCAAGGCUUAGGUAGAACUGCAAAAUUCAGCUCUGUAGCCAAAGCAAACUCUAAAUUCACCACAAUGAAGUCAAAGAAUUUGGUCUAAGAACUAGGGUUGCCUUAAUUGUACUGUGGUUUCUGCCACAUUAAAAGUCUUAAGUAAUCAACACUUAUAAAAUAUUGAUUCAGCACCUUAGGUUUUUUUUUAAAAAAAAUUCUCUUACAGAUUUAAUAUGAAUGUUUGUGUGUGUUAAUGUAGCUAUAAUUAAUCACUGUAAUUAGCUUGACAGAUACAUAGUUAAAACUCAUUACAAGCUACUCUACUUUCCAUUGUAAACAACUUAUUUACAUGUAUGUUCCAAUUUUUAUGUUUAUUUUUAAAAAGGAGCAAGUAACACUGCAGAUACCUUGUUCCAGGAAGUUUUGGGUCGCAAAGACAAGGCAGAUUCAACAAGAAAUGCACUCAACGUCCUCCAACGCUUCAAAUUUCUUUUUAAUCUUCCAUUGAAUAUUGAAAGAAACAUUCAAAAGGUACUUGUUAUUUUAAGAUACAGUACAGAUAUGAUUUUUACCCGAAUCAACACUAUAUAUUUCUGGUGGCAUAUCUUUUUUCUUUCCUUUUUGUAUUUUUCAAGGGUGAUUAUGAUGUAGUCAUUAAUGACUAUGAAAAAGCGAAGUCAUUGUUUGGGAAGACGGAGGUUCAAGUGUUCAAAAAAUGUGAGUUUUGAACUUUAGCAAAGUCAGUUAGGAAAGAGUAACAGCACAAGCUAAGAAGCCCUCUGUGGCAUUUAAUUUCUGUUUAUGCGAGGCAUUUUGCAAUGUGUGGAAUAAUUACUGGAAACAACAUUGCAGAUUCUACCUGAGAAGUACAAGAGAAUGUACAUUAUUCUGUACUGCAUAUAGCAGGAGUUUGUCAGUCCUUUUGGCAUUAUGUAACAUGAAACUGGUUGAGAUUUGGGGUGUCUUCUUUUGGUAUAUUUACAUCUUUUAAAAAGCUAUGGAGUUGCAGCCUGCAGUUUUUAAAAAUAAUUUUCUUGCAAAUCUUUCCAGGCUAAAAUUAAGAUAUAAGUUGCUUGUGUAUUGCCUGAGUGCGGAAAAAGAUUCUGAAUCCUAGUACGAGUUCUUUCCCGAUUCUCUAAAAAUACAUUGUUGCAUAUUACAUGUGGUUUUGAUAUUCUGGAAGGUACAUAUUUCUAGAUCUGUAGGUAAACUAUCAUUUCAGAGUUAAAUGAAAUUGGAUGAAAUUAGUAAUAAAACAAAUCAAGGAUUUGACUGAAGAAGUAACAGAAAUUCCAGUUUCUCUUUCUACUUGUAGUUAGGCAUGAAAAUUAAUGAGGAAGAAAAUUAUAUGAAGGUGAUAGUAGUACAGAUAACUCACAAAUUAUGCACAUCUAACUUUCCUGUAUUCAGCUGUAUAUGAUUGGCAAGUUUUAAAAAAAUGUCUGGGGGAAAACUUUGGCAAUCCCAUCCGCCAUUGAUCCCAAUAUGUUUUGAUUAUACAUGGUUUUGGCUUUACGCGCUAUCACCAGAAUAUACCCUCUGUGUAAGUUGAGAGUCACCUAUGUAAUAUCUUGCAUUUUUUGACUACUAAAAGUUUUGCUUAAAAAGCUUGAACUAAUAAAGGUUCUGUUUAAAAGGUUUAGCUUUACAUAUACAUAACAUUUUAUGCUAAGGAAAACCAAAUUUAUCCUCUAUACAACCAUAGAUUAUGCUGAAGUUGAAACACGAGUUGAUGCAUUAAGGAAACUGCUUUUGGAUAAAUUGCUCGAGACUCCAUCAACAUUACAUGAUCAGAAACGCUAUAUAAGGUGACCUUUUCACAUUUUUGUCUUUUAUAUAUGUUCUUUGUAUAGAUGGGAAUAUUUCUUGGAUAAUACCUUUUUCUUAACGUAGCAAUGUGUUACCAUAAAAUAAUGGCAAAAUCUCUAUAAUGUUUUUCUACUCCAGUGUUUUGUGUGAAACAUUACCAUCAGAUUACAUUUAAUAGUUUAGAUAAGUUUGAAAAAGUCUCUUUCCUGAUUCAUUUUUUCAAAGUGUUUCUGACGUUGUGUUUAACUGGAAACACAACAAAUAUUCAACACUUAGAUCCUAUGUUGUUUCAUUAUAGAAUGCAUUAUUCUAAUAUUAGGCAUACUGGUUUCAUGGUUGAUUUUGUGCAAUGUAAGAGGUGUAAAGUAGCUUUCAUCUGAAAGUGCGUAUUAACAAUACCUUUGAAAUGGACAAUACUGAAAUUAGGAGAAGUUAAUUAUAAAAACACUUUGCAACCUUUGUAUUGCUGUGUCCUUUAAUACUCAUUUAAUUUCACCCUUUCUUUUGGAAGACACAUACAGAGCUUUGAAAACACUUAUGCAGCUAAUCAACAUUUUUCCUGCAAUGCAGAGUAUCUGGAAAUUUGUACAGUAUACAAGGCAUCUUAAAGGAGCUAUAUAUCACUCUGGGGGCAGGAAGUUUUGGUUUCUCUUGUUGUCCAGUUUAUUCAGUUGGCUAUAUUUAACUUGGAUAACUAAAUACGAAUUUAAUGGUUUUAGAGAUGGCUAUUAAAGCAAAUUAUUUUAGCUUAUGUCAUUUUCUUUUAAAGAGGAGACAAAAUAGUGAUGAUGUUUUGUACCCACAUUGACCGCUAGAUGCUUCUGCACAAGUGAUGGAGUUGAAUGGGGCAAACAGGGAUUUGCUGUUUCAUCUGUUGGCCUUAAUCCAUCUUGUUUCCUGCUUAGAAGCAGUGUGCUAUAUGCAUCCCUGCAGCAACAGAGGGCCUAUUUUCGUCAUGAUUUCUUUUUCAUAUUUUGCAUCCUAAACUCUGAGACCCAGAACAUUUGGCAAGAGCUUGAAAUGGCUCGGUGGGGCUUGUAUUCAGGGCAUUUUAAAUUUGGCACCUAAUUUAAGCCCCACUAGGAUUGGGGUUUUUCAGGCAAUGUGUGCCUGCAAGCCCCACUAGGAUUUGCUGCGACUGAAAAUCCCUGAGUGCCUCUGAUCGCUGCUGAAGCAAGGGAACUCCCCAGUGCUGCCAACUUCAGCAAGGUUUUCAGGCACUGCUGAUCAGCAGUGUGUGUCGGGACACAUUUCUAGACAAAAUUGCACAGGUUUAAUUAUGAGGCAAACCUAAAGUUAAUUUUGGGUGUCCUUAAGCCUAAAUAUCCACAAGUUUCUUAAUAAGGCUCCUGUUGCAAUGGUUGGAAAUAUUGCAUACUUUAUAUAUGACUGACUGGAAAGAACCUUGAAGAACUGAAAUGCUGUUUUAGGAACAUAUAGGGUUUGGGGUUUUUUUUAAAAAAGAAAGCUAGUAGCAUAUGCCUAACUUCAUUUAUAAUGUCUGCCAGGUGCAGACAGGAACAUAGAUUGUCACCGCUAGUCCCCAGAGAGCACAAUGUGUCAGUCUCUCAUUCACAGUAGCCAUGCGCAAGGCAGUGAGAAUGGGGAAGAGACACUUGAAGCUUAAGCAGUGCUUAAUUGGGUCAAAAUCCCAUUCCAGUUGUGGAGGAGCAGACAAUUCUGUUCAUCCCAUCACCACACUUACUAUGUACAGUGGUACCUCGGGUUACAUCGCUUCAGGUUACAUACGCUUCAGGUUACAGACUCCGCUAACCCAGAAAUAAUACCUCAGGUUAAGAACUUUGCUUCAGGAUGAGAACAGAAAUCGUGCUCCGGCAGCGCAGCGGCAGCAGGAGGCCCCAUUAGCUAAAGUGGUGCUUCAGGUUAAGAACAGUUUCAGGUUAAGAACGGACCUCCAGAAUGAAUUAAGUACUUAACCCGAGGUACCACUGUAUGUCAUAAUACCAGUGCUCCUUGCAGCCAGCUGAAUGCGCCUAUGUCUGUGCAGUUCUUUCUUCUCAAUGAAGAGACAGAAGAUCACACAAUUUGGCCCUCCCCCUCCCCUAUGAGGGAGAAUAUUCCUGCUUCCCUUACUGUGUUGCAUUAUGAGCAUGAUGGAGGGGAAUAUUCCUGCUUCUGUCCCACAGAACAGGAUUUGGCUCAGGUAAGCAUCUGAAUUAGGGUCCUGUGUAUCUCCUCAACCUGCGAGGAUGGAUAAUGAAUCCUCUUGCCAAAUACUCUAACUGCUCAGCUUGCUUAAGCCCCUGGAGCUGAUGCAAGAACUUAGAAUAAUUUUUCAGUGACUUCCCCUUCGCUCCCCAAGAAAUGUAGGGGAAGUGGUAUCACAGCUGAGUAAUACGGAAAGAUGCAGUGAGGUAGAGUAGACAGUGGGAGGAGCUGCACCCCAAGACUCGGUGUACUAGCUAGAGACAUAUUUCAUAAUUAACUGCUUCUUUUUUUCACCCUCUAUUUAAUUUUUUGAUUAUUUUUUUUUAGGACAGAAAUCUUGAAUACUUGCCAGUGGGGAAAAGAAAGAAAGAAUAAAAGUGCUCUGGCUUAACUAUAUCCCUUUAUUUAUAUUAUGUCAAACCCCGCAACACACAUAUACUGAGUGGGGAUUUAAAAAGGCUUAAAACUUCUCAGCUUGCUUUGGUGUAUUACUAGGAUAUGAGUGAUAUAGGUCCCCCCCCCCCUUUUAACAUUACUAUGCGUUUGUAAAUAAGGGGCUGCCUUUAGUUUAUGUCUUGUAGUCUGCAUCUAACACAGCAACCUGGCUGAAGCUGAGCAGGUCUUGUCACUGCCUGUACUACCUGAUAUAAGUGUAGUAAAUAAGUUAUUAUUUGCAGUUAUCAUUUGCAGAGUCUACAGACUCCUAUAGCCUUGGAAAACAGUGUUGCGGUAUGAAUGCAAUCCCAUAUAAAAAUGUCAUGGUGUUAGCUAGAAAUAACUGCCUAUAGUAGCACAAUCUGGCAAAACAAAACAGACUGAAAGCAUAAUACCACAGUGCCUCCAUUUCCAGAUUCACAGUAAAUUUACAAAAAUCUCUCUUUUAAAAAUAAAAAUCAGUAUUAAUAACUACAUGCACAUGCUUUGUUUCUGGAUUAGUGUGUCUGCCUCUAGGCAUUUACUAGUGAAGGUAUUUUUUUGUAUUUGAAAACUUAAAGCUAGGUGAAUAGGCCACUUUUUAAAACGACUUCGAUUUUUUGCAUGUGUAACAAGCCUUAAUCUCCAAUUACCUGCGAUUGGCUACCUUUCCAUUUUGGUUGGGAACUGGGCCUGUCUUACUCAGAAGUCAGGAUUAGUUGUACUUAAGUUGCAAUCCUAUACAUACUGUUUUACCUGGAAGUAUGCUCGAUUGCACUCGGUAGUUCUAAAAUGUCCAUGUCUAGGAUUGCACUGUUAACUGGAAACAGCUGCCUUGGAAUAUUGCAAAAAGAUGCACAUUUAACACAAGCUCUGUGGCUGUCUUUCUGUUGAUUGUAAUAGGCUAAAGCCGUAUCCCACUCACCUAGGGGUAAGCCCCACUGACUCACUGGGACUUACUCUUGACUGGGAUUGCACUGUUAAUUUUCAAGUCAUCAGUUCUGUUUCAGAACUCUGGUUUUGCUCCCUUUUGCCAAGGAUUGGGGUGGGUGGGAAGAAAGGGGAGUGAUCCAUGAAACACAGAAGUGGCAUGGAUUGGUUUUGAAUCCUCAUUUAUUCAGCAUAAUAAUUUUGCAGGUAUCUUUCUGAUCUCCAUGCAGAAGGGGACCCAGCAUGGCAAUGUAUCGCUGCCCAACAUAAGUGGAUUCUGCAGCUUAUGCACAACUGUAAAGAGAGCUAUAUUAAAGAACAAAAAGGUAAUUAAUUUUUUGUUUGAAAAAGUGUCCUCCAUUGAACCUGAAGACUGCAGUAUAGGUUUUCCCUCCGCCGUCUCCUCUCUCUCUCUCUUUGUAUAGAUUUCGCAUACGUAAACCUUUUCAGCUAUUCAGUUUUGAUCCAUCUUAUUUUACAAGAAUUCAUAUUUCAUAUGAAUUCUUACGAUUCUUGAAACUGACAGGGAGGAAGAUACAAAAACACAACUCCCUUCCUGGUAGGAAUGAUACCCAGCCACUGCUUUUCUUGCCAUCCACUUUUUCUGGUGAUCAAGAGAAGCAGUGACAGCUGGAGCUCCCAUGAGAGCAUUCCUGCUGAUGUGCUAGGAAAGAACCCUGGCCUCUUCUUCCAGGGACCCAAAAGCUGCAAAACCUUUUUUUUAAUGGAAGAAGGUAGCUUGCAUUUGAGGGACUGGAAGGAAAUAAGUAACUGUGUCUGGGAAAAGAUGUGAGUGGGUUUAAACAGUUUAUAGUGCACUGCUGUCUUUGCUAGGACCAAGUGCAUGAUUAAGGCAUGCCGAGUUUGAUCUGGUUUUAGAUCCUGGUUAGUAUUAAACCACAGUUCAAGUAAGGGGAAACUGUGGUUUAAAUAAGUCACAAUGUGAGUACUGCAGCUGGGCAUGCAAGGGCAAUACAUAAAAGUGGAAUACGCAGGCUCUCUGUUUGUUUGGGGGCCAAUAAAGCAUGGUUUAUCAGCCUGAGAUCAUUAUGUCUGAGUUGCGCUGAAGACUCCCCAGAGUGGCAGAAAUCUUAGUGCUUAGUGCUGAUUUCUGCUGCUGGGGAAAUACAGUAAUAUGCUGUGGCUCUUCUGCCUGAUUACUGCUUCUCUUUUUGUCUGUUGGCAUUGUGUGAGGAAAGAGGGUUUCAAACGGACUUCCCAACGCAAGUUGUAUAGCACAACAAACAAGAAAAUCAGGAGGGGAGUGCUAUGCAGUUAAGAAAUGAAGUCUUUUAAACAUAUCUGUAGAAAAGCCUUAAUUUAUUCCUAGGUAUACUUGACAUCAUGCUAGCUCCUACAGAAUCUCUGAGCACUUUUGCAAAAUGUUCAACUUUGAUAGAAAAGUAUGAAUAUCAAGCAAAUUGUGAAACUUGUUUCUGUUCCUGGAGUAAAGAUAUGUGUUUGCUUUUAGUGCUAACCUACCAGUAGCUUUGCCUAAGUGCUAGGAAAUCAGACAGAUCUUUGCCCUUUCGUGCCUCCUACCAGACUUCUAUUCACCUUGCAAUGAAUGAUCUAUCUUUGUUUGAUCAGACAGACAGGCCAACAGGGCCUGUGUCAAAGGAGCCUUUUCAAUUUGUUAUCCUAGCAGCUGGUUCUCCUCUGCUGCCUUUGCAUACUGUACAUCUGGAAGAAGGCCUCUUGCAGCUGGGAGUUAUUUCAUCCCUAACUCACAUCCCCUGUUCCUAAUAGAAAUAUUCUUUUAACAGUGAAUGUUCAGACAAAGCUUUAAUGUAGUAUCAGUUAUGAAAUUAAACUAAUAAUCAUUAUGCAGCUUGGCAUUUGCUUCUUGAGCUCUUGCCAGCUUAGCAGACGUUUCACAACUUUUGAAGUAGCUUACCUACUUCCGUCGGCCGCAUCUUAAAAUAGGAUGAACAUGACUACAAAUGCAUUUAUACCAGAAUAUUGCAGAUCUUAAAAAGUAUAAUAAAGCUCAGCGAAGGUCAGUAUUGGUCAACUGGGUUCUUGAAAUCUGCAAAGAAAUGUCUAUAUAAACCCUGUUCAAAUUAAACCAGUUCCAGUUCCUCUGAAUUUUAUGCAGUUUAAUCAAGACCAGCACUCAGAGGCACAUGCUGUAUUAAAUAGAUUUGGUAUUGUGCAACUCUUUACAUAAGAGAGGUUCAUCAUAUAAUCCAUACUAUGUCAAGGCAUCUUAAAAUAGGCCAUACAUAGGCGCCACACUGUCACAAAGCCGACCAUAGAGUCUUACUAAGUCUGUAUAGGUAAAUUCGCUCUACAGCAAUUUGAAUUGGGUUCAGAGAAAUUGCUGACCUCCUCCAUGCUGAACAGAAGGCAGCAGCAAGUACAGCAGCAGUUGAGCAGCUGGAUCCUAUUUCUUCCCUUUCCCUCCAGCUUUUAGCAGGUGCAACCAAAGAGGAGGCUUCUGACAUGGCCUGUGAAAUGGCAACCUUCCCUGGGCAUAUGAGGCAGAAGGUGUAGGUUGCCUUGUUUAAAACAAACAAAGCUCUAAAUUGCAUUCACUGUAGAGUUUUCCUAACCUAGACAUACAUACAUCAGGAACAAAUGAGUGGACUGCUCAUUCAAAAAUGACAUCAUGAUGAAGUUCAAGGGCAAUGUACAGUUAUGCCUUCUCCUCUGCAGUUUCUUUCUCAGAGUCCCAGAGGAGUGGCAUGUAUUGGCUAUAACAUGGUUUCCCAAACUUGGGUCUCUAGUUGUUUUGGACUUCAACUCCCAUCAUCCCUAGCUAGCAGUACCAGUGGUCAGGGAUGAUGGGAACUGUAUUGCAAAAACAGCUAGAGACCCUAGUUUGGGAAACCCUGGGCUAUAGUAUUGGUACAGUUCUUGCUCACUUGCACUAGCAUUUAGAGCUUAGUCCAAAUAUUAAAGUAACAUGGAGGGGUUUUUUCCUAUUUUUUCUUUUUAUGUGUAGUUUGUUUUAUCUUCAUUUUCAAAACUGCUCCAUAAUUUUCAAUUCUUGACCAUGGGGGUGGGAUAUCCAACUAAGGCAUAUUCACCGUACACCUAUGAAAAUAAAUGUUAAGUAACUUGAGCCCAUUGAUUUUAGUAAGUCUAUUCUGUGUAUAACUAAUGUUAGACGUUUGCUGCAAGACUUUAGUUUUCUUGUGGAUUAGACUCUGACCCUUAAUUCUGAGCUUCCCCACAUUUUAAAUGCAUAAAAUUCUUAGGAGGGCACAUUCAGGAUUUUACCAUUCGGCAAAACACUGAAAGAAGGAACUCAGAAACAUUCUAAAUAUUAACGGCAGGUUUUACUUCAAUACACUGCAAAAUCUGGUAACCCAGGUUUUUGGUUGUUUUUUAAAAAAAAAUCAUUUAUCAAUCAAUUGAUAGAUAUUAAAACCGCUUUGUUCAAUACCAAAAUGUGUAUUUGUUUUAAAUGUAAAAAAAAGUUUCUAAAGUGAACUGAACUAGUUGGCAGUUAUGAUAGCAAAAAGCUUUGUAAACGAAAGGCAUACUUUUUUUAUUAGCAAUAUCUUUUUAAUACGCGCUUCAUAAAUGGCUCGUCUUAGUUUCCAAAUAUAGACAGAUACGGAACAAACAAGACAUUUAAAAAUACAUUGUUGAUUCAAGUUAAUUUUAAAGGAACUUCCUUAAUUUCUUGCUUCGGCAAAUUGAAAGUCUUCUGUGUGGCGUGUUUGAAAGGAAUCCUAUCCUACUUGUGUCGGUGCAGGCUCUAGGCGCUGCCUGUUUGGUCAACAAGCAACGGUGGGUGGUCGGACUGUAGCUCAGGACAAGGGCCUGCUGUGCGCAGGAAAAAAUGUUCAAAGGUGUUUAAGGGCGGUAAGGAAGUCUGCUGCCCUUCAGAGAAUCCAACAGCUAUAGAUCAGUGUUUCUUCUCACUAUUGUAGCUGUUAAGAGAGACAACGAUAUGGUGUGCAAAGCAAGAGAAAAUACUGCAAUUUCAUCAUGUUGUGACAUAUCUGUAGAACCUUCAUAAACUUGUGUACAGACUCUAUGUGUAACAGUUGAUUUUUCUGUUAUUUGAUGGAUUUUCCUUUAUAUAAACAAAGAUCCGUUGGAUAAGCCAUGUGCUUAAAGCAAGAUCACAAACAAUUUCAUUGGAAUGUUUUUGCUAAAAAAUCAAAAACAGAUAGAACUAAACUUUACAUUAGCUCUUAUCAACCACGUUAAACCGCAUGUCUCGCUUAAUGUGAAUUGUGCAGAUGAAGUUGUGGAAAAAAUAAAAUGUUCUGGGGGAAAUGAAAUUGCCACCAAACAUUUGUGCAUUGCUUCUUAAAAAAUCAAAGCUUCCUAGUUCAAAAUUAUUAUUCUUGCUAAACCUAGACUUCUAGCAAAUUUAUCUAUAGCCACACUUUUAAUAACUAAUUCACGUUAAUUUUCAGGGACCUGUAUUGAAACCUGUACAUGGAUUGUGUAAAUGUGAAUUUUCCCAACACAGUUGCAGCUUUGUAUAGAUUAUAAAUUGCAGUCUCUAUAAACGCCAUUUUAAGUAGUAUACCAAAAUGUUUAAAAAGAUUCCUUUUAAAAGGUAGGCACUUGCUUUAUUUAAGGUCAGUUGCUUUAUCCAUUGUUCAUAGACGCUUUAUGUUAUUUUGAACGCGUCUUGUGUUUUCUUUGUUACUCUUAGUUUUGGCGAACAUAUUUUUUAAAAAAUAAUCAUAGCAAUUUAGGAGUGUUUCACACACAACACACCUUCUUCCAGCUUAUCGUGAGCCCCAAAAUUUCCCCUCAAUGCAUGUCUGAAGUUUGAAAGCUACAGUAACUUCUCCUGAAUUUGGAGAAAACACAGCCAGCUAGAUAAUAACAUCUACAUCCAGUGCUUAAAAUAGCGGUGCAUGGUUUUAAAUGGCCACGCUUUAACUUUUUGUUCUGAGUGAGUGAUGUCUGAAUGCUGAUUUGUACAAGAACUCUUUUUCUCCCCUGGCUGCAAUGUGUAGUCCUGAAGCGCUAUCUCCUGGACAACUUGGAAAAAAGUCAGCUUUGCUAAUGCGCUCCAGAUGUUCAUUAGUCCUGAGGGUAUAUGUGCUGUUGCCAUUCCCUGCUCCUGUGUUGUACUUUCUUGUAAUGCUAGACAACCAAUUAAGAAAUUAGUUUCAUGUUAAACUUUCUUUUCCUGGUACCACUGCAAACUGAUGAUGUGGUUUCUAGUGGAACAAGAGCGUAUUCUUUGCUCUGUUUUCUAUUAUUGGUGAAUAAACAAACCAUUGGUGGGUUUUUUUGUUUUUUGUUUUUAGUGCAGGAGUGGCAAUUUGGUGUAGUCAUGCUCUCAUCAUAUCCAUCUAGUAACAGACAAGCUGUUUUGACCAAUACUACAAAAGGUUAACUUUUUGAGCUGGUGUAUUUUUUUGAAAUAACCAUACCAGUAUACUAAGCUAUCUUUUUUUAUUAUUACUUUUUUAAAAAAUCCCAAUUACUAGAAAUCCUUUGAACUUGAAAUAGGGUACAAUGCAUAAAUAAGAAAUGUGUUUUGAAAUAUCAAAAGCACAUCGGAGGGGAGAACCCGUAAUUUUUACUCUUUCCUUUUGCAAUGCAAGUUCUGAAAACUUUUUUUUUUAAUCAACUAAUACUAAAAUGCCAGAAGAAUGUUUUUGAUGUGAAUAUGCAAAGAGAGGGAUAAUGUAUAGCUUUAAUGUAUGAAGAAGAGCAUUUGACCUGGAAAAAGCCAUGCCAAACAGAAUAAUAAUGUUUCAAUUUUGUUUUGUCUUACUAUAUUUUUCCAGUGAUUUUCAGGAAAUUUACAGAUUAUUUGACUUAGUUUUAAACAACAGAGCGAAAACCAUAUGUAUGUAAAAUGAGUGAUUCAAAGCAUUUAGAAUUUCAACAGGGUUUCUAGAAUACCCUUGUGAAUUUUGGGUUGGGAAAGAAAAAAAAUCAUAAUUAGCAUGCUUUCCUUUUUGUUUGUUUUUGUUUGGUUUUCCUGUUUAAGAGAGGUUACGCUAAUGCUAAUUUAAUUCGUUUAAAAGCCAUUCUGCAAAUAUCGGUCAAAUGCCCACACUCAGUAUAUACAUCUGCAUGAGUAGAUGUGUUUUUCAAGCACUUUUGUAAAUUCCCUGUACUAUUUUUUUUUCUCCUUCACAAUGUUGGUGCCUUAGCUUUACUCUUAAAUAUUGUUUUGCAGCUAACCUAAAAAACAGUUCCUUUAGUUCGUGUAGACCCAUUGCUUAAAUCAGUCACUCCAUGAAAUAAAGGACUGAAUGGCCAGGCUGCCAAAUUGUUUAUUUUUUUGUUUGAAAGUAGGUGGGUGCUGUUUAAUAAGAAUAUAUUGACAGUAUUUGAGAAAAUUCAUGAAUAUUUGUAUUAAAUUGUUUACAGUCUACUUUUUCAGUCAGGAGUGAUAUAGAUUUACUAAGGUUGUGAUAAAUUUCCAUAAUGGUUACAUUUGUAACUUUCUUUUGUGAUUGACUGAGCUGGUGUCCCAAAACAGCUGAUUGACCUAUCAGAAUCAUAAUGUUUUGUACCAGUUUCCGUUUCCGUUUCCAUUUCCGUGUGCUGCGCUGGUGCAGGCUCGCCAGAGCAGCUUCGUCACGCUGGCCACGUGACCCGGAAGUGUCUUCGGACAGCUCUGGCCCCCGGCCUCUUAAGCGAGAUGGGCGCGCAACCCCAGAGUCAGUCACGACUGGCCCGUACGGGCAGGAGUACCUUUAUCUUUACCUUUUACCAGUCUAAGGCUGCGAAUACCAGAAUAAGCACAUCACAUCUUUUGGCACUUAGGGUUCUCUGCACAAGCUUUUCCUGGUUGCAGUGGCAGCUAGGCCCAGUCAAUGCCUGAACAGGGCAGAACUAGACUGAACAGAUCUGUAUUUUACAGCAUAAUCCUUUCUACGCCUGCAGAUUUGCAAAGAAACUUGACACAUUCUGCAUUUGCAGCCUUAAAAUGACAGUGGUGCAACAACCAAUCACAAUCUUCUUUGCAGGAAAGCCAGGAGAACUGAUCUUCAAUAUUGCUUGCAUGCCACCAAUCUCUGAGCGGUGUAAGAUUCCAGGGGUUCCAAGGUUCGGUUUUCUUGGAAUAAGGGACAGCGGAGACUGUGGUAUCUUUAGGAUACAGUGGUACCUCAGGUUACAUACGCUUCAGGUUACAGACUCCGUUAACCCAGAAAUAGUACCUCGAGUUAAGAACUUUGCUUCAGGAUGAGAACAGAAAUCGUGCUCCGGCGGCAGCCGGAAGCCCCAUUAGCUAAAGUGGUGCUUCAGGUUAAGAACAGUUUCAGGUUAAGAACGGACCUCCGGAACGAAUUAAGUACUUAACCUGAGGUACCACUGUAUAUGGUUUUUUCACACAUAUAUACAACCUGAGCCUGCGACAGAGGGGCUCGUGGCAUUAACACCCCAAGAGGGUCUUGCUUCCUCCAUGGCCACAGCCUUGGAUCCUAGCAGAAAUCAGACAUGGUUCUAUCUCUCUGGCUUCUGCCAGCUUCACCUCUGGUCUUUUGUCUUUCUGAUUGUGGUUCGAGGACCCGACCCCCGCGAUGUGAAAUGAAUACACAAGGACACGUGAUAUAAGGUUAAUGGGCAUGGAAAGGCCACAACUUUAUUGAUUACAGCAGUGAAAAGGUAUUGGCUUAGGCAUUGGAUCUCUAAAACACGUGGGUUUAUUCACCAGUAGGUGGAGCCUGUUGAUGCUAAUCCAACUAUAGGCUCCCCCCUGAUGUCACCGAGGGUCGUGCCAUGGCCUCCCGCCAAGCAGGCAUCGGACAGAACACACGACCGCCAGAUUCCUUUAACGGAAUACCCAAAAUUGAAGGCAUAGGCAAUGGCCACACCUAGCCCUUCGACACACCACAACACAUUAUUCCAAUGCCUAACCUACCCACCAAUACCACAAAAGUUGUGACGAUUGCUACGAGGUAGGCGAAAAACCAAAAAGCCUAAUGCCAAAUGGAAAAACUCCUACCAGGCCCCUGGACAACCAGGGCGACCAACCUAAGGUCCAUAGCAAGGCCAAUGACCUAAGCCCUAACUCUAAGGGAGUGGAGGGUGGGUGACUCGCGACGAGACGACGGCGAAGAAUGAGGCCAGGGAGAGGCUGGCACCGCAGCAUAAGGCUGCUGAACACGCCCCCUCCGAGGCACCUGGUUGGAUGCCUGCAGAGGGGGCGUGGGCGCCAGCCAGGUGAGGUGGAGGCAGGGGGCAACCGCCCCCCUGCUAGGGGCGGUGCUCGGGCUCCCGCCCACAACCACUCCCCUCUCUUCCAGGGAGGAGAGUCCCUACCAAACAGUUGUGGUUGGAAGAUGGACAGCACCGAGGGGUGUAUGAAGGGGGGGGCGGGAGGCAGUUCACCCCAGGUGCCACCGGAGGGGCGGUGACAAGAUGGCCUGCUGCCUCCCCCCCCCCAGCUGUAGAGCGGCUGAGGGUAUGGGCGCCGCACACACGCCGCUCCGGGUGCCGGAGAGGCUUCCUUCCCCAUUGACAGCACCCAUUUGCCCUCUGGCACUGAGCCACUUCCUUAACAACAUAUGCUUAGCCCAUUACCUCACCAGGAAGCUAGCCUGGCUCUUCCAGGAAUUGAAUCCGUGCUGGGUUCUGGAAUUGGAAGGGGAUUUAGGCAUACAGCCUAGCCUCCCCCAAAGUCACAAUACUACCUCCUUCCAGGAACAAGACAUCUGUCCCCAGAUGUACAAGCAAACGGCAGAAUACAGAAUUCCUUGCAGAAAAAUAACAAGACAAAUUAAUAAAGGUAUUAGUGUACACGGCAUCAAAAACAGAUAGUCAGACAUCUGUGAUGCACACUCCCAGUCCCAGUUCUGCAACCUCCUAUGCUGUGGGAUGAAGAGAUCUAUAAGCAGCAGCUCCUCACCUCCAUUUUGCAGUUUGCUCUUCUUUUCUUUUUUCCUGCACCCCCUCUUCCACAGCAGGCUCCCAGGGAAUGGAAAAAUCAAUUGAAAGCAGCUUCUCAGCUCCAGCCAGCUCACCAUUUGUUGUCUUCACCCUUGCCCCCCAAACUCGCAACCCUAUGUUUUCAAAUUAGCAUUACUGGGAAGUCAGACAUGAGCCCACUGAUGGAACAAAAGAGAGAUUAUUCCAGCAAUGGCAUUCUGAAACUAAACUGAUUAAAGAAGAGAGGCUGAAGGAAGGGCAGGGUGGAUCUUGAAGAUUUUGCAGAAGGGAAUAGAUGAUUCUCAAAGAUGUUGAGAAACUGUAGCAGUACUGUGGUAUCUCAAGUUAAGUACUUAAUUCGUUCCGGAGGUCCGUUCUUAACCUGAAACUGUCCUUAACCUGAAGCACCACUUUAGCUAUUGGGGCCGCUGCGCCGCCGCCGCACAAUUUCUGUUCUCAUCCUGAAGCAGAGUUCUUAACCUGAAGCACUAUUUCUGGGUUAGCGGAGUCUGUAACCUGAAGCGUAUGUAACCUGAAGCGUAUGUAACCCGAGGUACCACUGUAAUGGGAUUCUGUGGAUAAGGGAAGGAGACACAGGUUGCAUUAAGAUUCCAAGAGUAAUGUUUGCAUAUCCCUCUUUGAAUUUAAUUAGGUUUAUUUGUUAAGGGUCUGUGAAUCACUCCGGCUUAAUAGUGAGCUCAUGUGUUUAGUGCCAAGAGAAAUGGAACCAAAAGCGGGUUUCAUUUUCCAAGUAGCCAGAGUUGCAUUUUGCAGUAGGCAAACAGCCAUUUCCCAGAUAAGUCAUAACAUUUGUAUCUGCAGUGUGGAUUGUGGGUUCCCGGGUGUUACUGGUGCUUUGUGGGUGUCACUUGUGACAUAGCUUUUCUUCCCUGCUCAACCACAUUUUGUUAAUUGCUCAGAUAUGCAGCACUAUGUGUACAUGUUUUGAAAGUUAUUCUGAGGUUGUGAAUUCCCCUGCUCCACCUUGCCAACUGUCUAAUGCAGGCAUGGCCAAACUUGGCCCUCCAACUGUUUUGGGACUACAACUCCCAUCAUCCCUAGCUAACAGGACUAGUGGUCAGGGAUGAUGGGAACUGUAGUCCCAAAACAGUUGGAGGGCCAGGUUUGGCCAUGUCUGGCUAACAUAACAUCAACAUUUAAUCAAAGACUGUAUUAUUGGAUGCUCUAGAACCCCAGCAUUCAAACUCUCCAUUUUUUGCUUAAAUGUAUUUACGUUCUUCCAUAAUUUAGGGAGGAGCAGUAGAUUUCCUAUGCUGCCUCUAACCCAAUUCUAUAUUGCUGAUCUCUAUACUUGUAUCAUGGAAAUUACCCUUAUGUGCAUCAGCUCAUGCUCUGGAGUCCACCUCCAAUGUUGCAGGAGCAGCAAAAAGCCAUAAAGCCUACCAAAGAAUAGUGGAAAUGAGCUAGUGUUGUUUAUAUCAGAAAGGUAAAUUCCAUGUGGGUUCUGAAGCAUGGGUGUGCCCUUUGUAAAAAGUGUAUCUCAUAAAGAACAGAAAAGUAUACAUCAUUUUCUUCAUGUACCCGCCUGUCUGUAUAAACCUCAACACUAUGCUAUAUUUAUUUUGUGUGUUUUAACACUGUUCAGAUCAACAGAUUGCUAAUUCCAAUAGUUGUAUAAUUCUCUCCUCCCUCCACUUCCCAGGCAAUCCAUUACUGCACAGUCCAAUGCUGGAUCUGGACAGUGAAGUACGCUCCUCCUCACUUGGCCAUCUCAGUCGGAGUGCUUCGCUGAAAAGAGGCAGCAGCAAUCAGUCCAGUCGUGAUGAAAGUAGGUGCUGAGAUUUUAUUUCUUGUUCUGCUUUUUGAGAAACCGGUGUUUCAGUUUGAUGCUGGUGUGAUGCCCUGAUCAUGUCUGCCUGCUUGCACAAUGGGAAUCUUUUUGUGCAACAGGAAUUCUGGUUUCUCAUCUCCCCCCCCCCACCCAUGUGCCCCUAGAAUCUGCUCUGGGGGAUGCUCCACCCCUCUGAAGCAGAUUAUUGGGUUGUGGGGAGAAAGUUUGGUCGCGUAAGCAGAUGCCUACUUUCUCAGUGCCCUUGUUUUUUAUCCUUUUUGUCCUUUUGAAAACAGCUUAGAGGUUUUCUUACAAUCAAGUAUACAUACAUUAUGUUAAAUAAAUCCAUGAAUCAGGAAGUUUUCCUGGCUUAUUUCUCACCUCUUCCAUAAAUUCACUAGGUGUCUUUAAGCAGCCCAUACUGUUUAUGCCAUUUCCUGCAAUUUCAUCCUCAGACUUCAGUUGUAAGGAUUACCGUAGACUAAUUUUGUGAAGUGGUUUGAAUAUUCUAUAGAGCUAUGUAGAUUGAUGAUGGUGAUUUUUUUCCCCUCUGCAUCCUCACAGCAUCCUUACAGUGUGCUGUCACCAGAACUUGAAACCUAUGAGAAACUAAUCAGAUUAUUUAUUCUACCAUGAUGGAAUCAUGUGCCGGCCCCUCAUAGCAGCAUGUUUCUCAGAUGGUUGUUAAUCAGUUAAAAUUCCUUCUUGAUGUGAGCACCUCUGUAAUUGCCUAAAGUUAAACUUGUAAAGCAGACGAAUUCCGACUACAAUUGAAAACAAUUCCUUACCAAUGAUCCUUCAGUAGUUAACGGCUGAUUUUGUUGCCCCUUUUCCAGCUUGGCGAUUUAAAGCUCCUCAGCAGGUGGCAUUUGUCGAAAAGCUAACAAAGCUUGUCGUAAGCCAGCUCCCCAACUUCUGGAAACUCUGGAUUUCUUAUGUGAAUGGGAGCCUCUUUAGUGAGGUAUGGCAUUCAGUCUUUCCCAUACUUUCAGCUGUAUACAGUUGUUUGAGGGACAUGACAUCUUUCUCCAGGUUUCUUUUGUUUAUGUAUCAGUCAUGCUUUGUGCUCUCUCAGUUCCCUCUUGCUAGCCAAAACAGAUAAUCCAUUCCGUGAAGAGCCUUGGAACAGCCGGUCUGAGACUUGUCAAUGCAACUGGAUUGAAACUGCUUCCUUACACUCCUUGAGAUCCAAUAUGUCUAGUGGUUAGAGUAUCAAAUUAGUCUGGGGAUAUUGAGGUUCAUAUCUCCCCAACCUCACUGAAUGACCUCAAACAAAGCACUAUUUCUCAGCCUGACCUAUGUCUCAGGGCUCUUCUGAGGAAAGAAUUGGUGGAGGAAAGGAGGGGGAAGCAGAUCCAAGUAUACUGCGUUGAGCGCUUGGGGAGAAAAGCAGAAUAUAAACCCAAUACAUAAUAAUAAUGCCUUUUUUGUCUGGUUCUGCUGCAGACCAGCACCAGUGAUUAGCAACACUGAUCAUCUGCCAAAGGUACAGGGAGGGCCCCUGCUACUCUGGCGUGCCUUCCCUCUCUUGAUGGUGGGCAUGGCGGAGGGGAUUGGGUCCCUCUGUCCCCCUGCAUGGCAGUCCUGACAACAGCUCCCCUCCAUUACCUUAUUUCCACUACCACACCGAAGAUCAGCCACAACUGCCACUGACCCUGGAUUUCUGUAUGGCAGAUGAGAGGGCUGAAAAGGAGGAGUUCUCAUACCUAUUAGAGGGGCAUUAAACAUUGUGCCCCCCAAACCUGGAGCCCCCCAUCUUCUGAGAGGACGAGGGAAGGAUCCUCCAUUAUUUUCCUCUAGUAUGUUUGACUUCUGGACUUUCAUAUGCACCCAAAGUUCAACAUCCAGGGCACUUCUGGGUGCCUUAAAACAAAGUCCACACUUAAGCAGGCAGGGAGAGAAACAGUUUGGGGUUUCAUCCCACUUAGCCCAUCAUUUUUAUGGCUGUUCUGAAUUUCUGACAAUUUACAUCUAAAAGGACAGUUGAGCAUAGACACUGAGGCACAAAGAAGAAGAAAAGAAAAAAAACCCCGCAGGGGCCUCAUGUAGUCAUGAAAGUGAUGAGCAAUGAUUGAAAGGAAACGACCAGUAAUAAAAGGAACUGUGAUUUAUUUUCUCGAAGUUAUAAGGGUGAUCUGUAUUUCUUUAAAAACACAUACGUUUUGGUUAGGGUUUUCAGUUUUUUUCAACAGAAGGUUUGUAGCUAAACGGAGACCCAUUUCUGUCUACAGAUUGAAUCUGUACACAGAACUAACCGUUGGUACUUAACGCAGAGGUCAGUAUAGGAAGGUUCUUAACUGUUCAGCAAAAUCAGUGGUGGGUGGAAGGGAAUCAGUAGCUUUGGUGCACCUUUACGUGUUUCUAGAAUCUAUAGGGUUAAGAGGGAGCAGAGGACAUCUAAUUUUAACUCUUUGCACGAAGAUGGCGUCAUCCAUUGCCCUGUCUCAUUCUCCCUCUGAUCAGCCUAUCUAGACUGAACAACACAGGAAGUAAGCAAAACAGGUUUAAUGAAUAUUGAAAAUUUGCAAGGUAUACAGACAGGCCGAGUUGAAUCAGCUUCCUAUGUUUAGCAAAUAUUUAAAUGGGGCAGUACAUACUUAGGCUCAUUCUUAGUAGGCAGUGUCUGAAUAUUACUUUAGAAAGUGGAAAGUAUAAAAAGGGUUUUUUGUAGCUGACAGACUUGUCUCUGUAUACCUGAAUGUAAUAUAGGAAAUGUGAACUCCAUUACUGCCGUUUUAGUUUCACCCAUAUUAGAAUCACUUUUUUAAAGUAAAAAAGAAAUACAAGUUUUAUCGUUUAAAAUAAUAAAAUAAUAAAGAGGCAUUUUUCCAAACUCCAGUUUUGCAAUCAUCACUACUGUCCAUGAGAUGUCAUUCACUUGUAACAAUAUGUGAAGGCUGUAAUCCUGACCCCUGGACAGCAGCAGCAAGACUGGAUAAAGUGCAUCCACCGCUCUAGUUCUUGUGCAGGCCCAGGGCACAAGGUGGUGGUGGAGGAGCCAGGGAAAAUACCCCUUCACUGUGGCAGCUUCCAAGCUAGCACAGUGAAGAGUCCUAGAUUGGACCUGUUGCCAUCACAUGGUGGCAGCAGGGUCUGCACAAGUUCCAGCAGAUCUGAGACACCCCAUUGACUUCUGCAUUGGGGUGCUCCUCUCCAGCAGAAGCCCUGGUUGUCUCCCGCUUGGACUACUGCUCUAUGUGGGGCUACCUUUGAAGGUGCCUCAGAAACUACAACUAAUCCAGAAUGCAACAGCUAGACUGCUGACUGGGAGUAGCCACGGGGACCAUAUAACACCAGUCCUAAAGGAUCUUCACUGGCUCCCAGUACGUUUCUGAGCACAAUUCAAAGUGUUGGUGCUGACCUUUAAAGCCCUAAUCCAGGCAUCCUCAAACUCGGCCCUCCAGAUGUUUUGGGACUACAACUCCCAUCAUCCCUAGCUAACAGGACCAGUGGUCAGGGAUGAUGGGAAUUGUAGUCCCAAACAUAGCUGUCAACUUCUCCCUUUUCUUGCGAGGAAUCCUAUUCAGAAUAAGGGAAUUUCCCUUAAAAAAAGGAAAACGUUGACAGCUAUGGUCCCAAAACAUCUGGUGGGCCGAGUUUGGGGGUGCCUGCCCUAAAGAGCCUCGGCCCAGUAUACCUGAAGGAGUGUCUCCACCCCCAUCAUUCAGCCCAGACACUGAGGUCCUUCUGGUGGUUCCCUCACUGUGAGAAGCAAAGUUACAGAGAACCAGGCAGAGGGCCUUCUCAGUAGUGGCACCCUCCCUGUGGAAGGCACUCCCUUCAGAUGUCAAGGAGAUAAAGAAUUACACAACUUCUAGGAGACAUCUGAAGGCAGUCCUGUAUUGGGAGGUUUUAAAUGCUUGAUGUUUUUAUUUUGUUUUUAGAUAUGCUGUAAGCCGCCCAGAGUGGCUAUGGAAACCUACUGCUACUACUAUUACUACUACUACACUACUACAUUAGUCUUAUUUGAUUUAUUAAUUUGCCAAAGUUUUCUGGCAUGUUGAUAUGUUUGAUCUAAGCAUGAAUUUCUACUGUUUCUUAAACUAAUCAGACUUUGUCUAUUAAGAAUUAACCUGAACAUAUAACAUUACUAAGAUAGAAUUCAUAGACCUGCUGAUUUGUUCCAGGCGAAUAUUUGCAAUGGCCAUCAGCCGUAGUAUCUCUGUUGUUGUUUUUCUGUUUCCCAAGACUGCCGAAAAAUCAGGCCAAAUGGAAAGAUCAAAGAAGAACGCUAGACAAAGACAGAAUGAUUUCAAGGUAAGUAGGUGUGCAGCCACCCAAAGUGGAAGGGUGUAAAACCUUUGAAGACCAGCAGAGGUUUAUUUUUAAUAAUAUUUUGUAAUGGGAUGGCCUAAUAAGACAUACAGUCCUCAGUGCACUCAUGCUGCUACCACUCAAUCAAGAAGAUACUGGUUUUAAAGCUCUAUGAGCUCUCCAUCCUUACUGGGCCUAGCACCAUGCUUCAACCAUUUGUUUGCCCUUCAGAUAGCUGGUGCAAUUAGGCAGGGCAGGAAAUGGCUCUCUCUGAUGUGGCAGACCUGCAGUAGAUUCUCUGGACAUUCACAUAUUAUUCUCAUAAUAUCCUUUGCAUUGUCUAUUGCACAUUAGGUAUAAGUUAAAUAAAAUUGGAGGAGAGUGGGAAAUUAACAGGAGAAACCCCAUUUAUUGUCUGCUGUUGUUUUAGUUGAUACAUGCAUUGAACUAGAAAUAAGUAGAACAAUUUAGCAGUUAACUCACCAUGAAUGUCUCCCCUGUUCUCUUUUAAUGGCAAUGGUACUGACCUGAGAGGUGCCAGAACUGAGUUCCAGUGACUUCCAUCUGAAAAAAGCCCUGGUCUUAUGAAUUAACUGGUUACAUAAAACACAACAUGUUACACGUGUUCCGGUGUUUAUCCACGAAAUGUUUCCUUUUCCUGUUGUAGAUGAUGAUUCAGCAAGUGAUGAAGUCCCUGGUCAAACUGAUCCGUGGUGCUUUGCUUCCGUUCAGCCUUGGAGAAAGUGAACUGAGAGAAUAUGGUGGCUGGGAGAUGAAAUCUGAACUUUCUGGCCAAUGGUUACCUCAUGUCAUCCAGACAGUUAGGUAAGUACUAUGGUAACUCACUAGAACACCUGUGUGCAUUGGGAUAAGUGGCUAGGGUUUAAGCUUUGGUAAGCUCUGUUCUCUGACACAGUCGUGGGUCCUGUGUGAAGCCAAACAAUUGGGAGUCAUGGUGUUAUGACAGCUUGGCCCUGAUCCAGAUCAACAACCCAGGGAAAUGGAUGGCUGAGACACAGAGAGCAAAGGCAAGAAGGUGUAAACAGUAUUUAAGCAGUGCAACUAUCCAGGUGUCUGCUCAGUACCUUUACUGGAGUAGAUUGCUGACAAAUUGCAUUUAUAGAAAUUAUGGCAAAUGGGAAGCACUCAAAAGAUGGAAUCAGGCAUCAGCUUGUUAGCUGGGGGUGGGGAGAAGAUGGAUUUAUAGCAUUGCCAAGCAACCGUGACAAAAAAACAAAACAAAACCAGAGUGUGUUAUCAAAGCAUCAGUAUUGUCACCUCUAGGCUUCUUGGGACCACACACAAAUAAGGAGAAAAUAUUUAUUUAUUUAGAAUGCUUAAAUAUUAGUUUAUAGCUCCGGAACACAAUCAAAACAGCUCUUAAAAGUUCUUCAAGUGAUUCUACCCAAACAGGAAUGGAAAUUGUUACGUCCAUAUGAAGCCAGGGUGGAAUCUACACACAUAUAAAAACACUGUGAAAAUGCUUUUUUAAAAAAAGGUUUUGAAAAAUACAUUGAAUUUUACAUAGCUCUGUAUCGCCAUCUAGUGUCACAUUUGUAUAUUGCACUUAAAGCUUGUACAGGUAUAACACACUUAAAGCUUCCUAUUUGCAGCUGUAUAGCUGAGUCCCAGGAUUAUUCAGACAGCAUUUCCUGAAUGAUCCUUGUUCUUCCCUGUUGUCAUCCAGGUAACUGCUCCCACUGAGAUCCUCUAAUCCAAAGGAAAGGAGUUGAGCAGCUAGAAGUUGCUCAGCUCUGUGAUGGAGGCAAAUCUUCCAUUGCUCCCAGGCAACAGCAGCUGCUUAGGUCUUCUAAGGCAAGGAAGGGGAGCUUAGCAGCUGGAUCACACACUGUCCGAGAUUGAAGUGGCCUCCCUUUGUCAGCAGUUGGUAGUGCAGAGUGUAUUGAGUUUGAGAAUGGAAUUCAGUACCCAGUACAGAUGAAUAAUGAUUGCAUAGUGGCUCUCACAGAAAAGAGGGAGGUGCUGUGAUUUUGUUAUUUUAUUUAAGCCUACUUCUCUUCAAAUCUUAGGGGUCUCAAGAAAUUAUGACUCCCCUUAGCAUCUGAACUACAUCAAAAACUAUAACUUCACAUUAUUUUCCCCAUUCUCCAGGCUUAGUUAUGAAUCUCUUGCUGCGCUUGAAAUACCAAAUGAUAUGCUUCAGAUCAUCCAGGAUCUUAUUUUGGAUCUCAGAGUUCGCUGUAUAAUGAUCACAUUACAGCAUACAGCUGAAGGUAGUAAAAUACACUUUAUUUAUCUGUCUUGUUGGGUGUAUAACACGAGUGUCCUUCUGGUUGGAUUUCCCCCCUAAAUUUUGUUAUCCUCUUUGUGAUUUUUACCUUCAUGUAUGUCAAGCAUACCAUUCAAUGCUCUUAUUUUCAAGUGUUUUAGUAAACUGGGUGUAUGGCUGUGUCAUCAUAUUACAAGUAGAAAUGACAAUUCAGCAAAGGAUUACAAGUAUCGGUCUUCGCAACAGUCAUUUUCACACUUGUGGAUUCAAUAUGCUGCAUUAGUGUUGUAUCAUAAAACAAUUAUUUCACACAUAAUCUCUGUGACACAGCAUGGUUUAUAUCCAACCUGUUACAUGCCUAUAAUUAGCUGACUUGCCUUGCUGUAAGCAUGUUUGAUGCGUAAUAAAGCUGCUUCCAUCCUUUUAAGGUACCAGCGGCAAUGUAUUUGGAUGACAAAUCACUACAGUAAUAGACAGAGGGCUUUCCUCAUUUUUAAUUUUUUUUUAAUAGAAAAAUAACCAUCCAAACAUUUGUCACCUUUUGCAGAUGUAAAGAGAUUAGCUGAAAAAGAAGACUGGGUGGUGGACAAUGAAGGCUUAACCAGUUUGGUGGGUAUGCUGCUAUGUCUUUAGGCAUCCGUAUUGAAUAAUGGAUUCUGUAUCUAAGUCCAACUCCUUGCUCACUAUGAAACUGGCUGGGGGGUCUUGGGCCUAGUCUUCGUUUCAGCCUAAUAUACUUCAAUGGGUGAGUUAUGAGGAUAUAGUAGCUUAACCCCAUUCAUGAGUUGCUAGUGAAAAGUAGCCUCAUUUCUUCUCACUCUUCUGUGAAAAUCCCACCCUUUUCUAUCCCCUCAUACCAGUGAAAACUCUGAUACAUGCCCUAGUCAUCUUGUCCUGAUAAGCCAGGAUCAAUGUUAACAAAUGCAAUUACAUUUAUUUGAAUUUAUACAUAUAUCAGUAUAUGGAGAGCUAGUAAAAUAUAGUGGCAUAUCAGACUAGGAUCAAGUUCCCACUCAGUCUUGAAGCUUGCUGUGUUACUAUUUCUCAGCCUGCAAUUCAUUAAGGGGAGAAGAGAGCCCUGUAUUGUUAACUGGAUAGGUUGGGUAUUUUUAAUAAUGAGAUCACAAAUGGUCAGCAGCAUUGACUUCCAGUUAACAUGGCACUAUAGCUGUUAGACAAUAUAACGAGCAUAUAAAUCCCUGUAUGGUCUGACUGGACAUUGAGAGCGGGAGCUUUAAAUAGAUGGUUGAUUGGAAACCAGGACUGUUCCACUGCAGUCAUGAUUUCUAGGUUUCAGAAGUAAUUUCUUGUUUAUUCUCUACCUUUUAGCCAUCCCAGUUUGAGCAGUGUAUUGUGCAUUCUCUGCAGUCGCUUAAAGGUGUCCUGGACUGCAAACCUGGAGAGACCAGCGUAAGUCAUGUCAGGUCGUGUUUGGGGAAAUUCAAGGGUAUGAAUAGCAUGAUGGACACUGAAAUCAUCUCAACCUCUUACGUAUAUAGAACAAUAAUCUGUUCCUUACACACUCCUCAGGAUAAAUGGAAGGGUUUACAGUGGUGCCUCGGAAGACGAAAAUAAUCCGUUCCGCGAGUCUCUUCGUCUAGCGGUUUUAUCGUCUUGCGAAGCAACCCUAUUAGCGGCUUAGCGGAUUAGCGCUAUUAGCGGUUUAGCGGAUUAGCGGCUAUUAAAGGCUUAGCGGCUUAGCGGCUAAAAGGCUAUUAGCGGCUUAGAAAAAGGGGGGGGAAGCGAAAAAAAUCGCAAGACUCGCAAGAUGUUUUCAUCUUGCAAAGCAAGCCCAUAGGGAAAUUCGUCUUGCGAAGCGCAUCGAAAAACGGAAAACCCUUUCGUCUAGCGGGUUUUUCGUCUUGCGAGGCAUUCGUCUUGCGGGGCACCACUGUAUAAGGAAUUCCUAAUAAUGCUAUUCAGAUAAGUAAAGAGGUUAUUCAAAUACUAUUUGUAGUGCAACACUGCAUCAUAUAAACAAUGGUAAUGCUGGAAAAAUGACAUUAGCAUUGCUCUUCCCAUAUAACUUCCACCCUGUCUUUGCAUUUUCUUCAUUCUAACAUAACCAGGAAUGGCAUGAGAUAGAGCGAAGAGGAAGUUCUAAGUCUGGCCUUAAGAUUUUACUGUUCUACUCUAUCACCAUAAUAUGCUGUCCUCAUGUUUUUGUCUUAUUAAUUUAAAAGGUUUUUUUUGCCUGCUUGCUUUUUUCAGUUACCAUUUUCUGUUUCUUUAGCUUUUUCAGCAUCCAAAAAUACAGGAAGAGGUGUGCCGACUGAGCACUGAUAUUAUGCAGGUAAUAAAAACAUGUGGCUUAAGUCAGUUCUCUAAGCAGUAAAUGUGUGUCUUUUGAAUUCUACAUACUUGAGAAAUCGAGGAGAUCAUUUGCUUUUCAUACAUUUAGCAUUUAGUCUAAUUCAGUUAGGGGUGGGUUAGAGGGUUCAAGAGUAGGUAGCUCAGAAUGUGAACUCUUCCCUCUCAAAUAUGAGUUUGUGUUGUGCGAAGCUCCCUUAGAGCUAGUCCUGACUCAGAAUUGCAUGCACCCUGCCUCUUCCAUGUACAACUGGAGAUCAUGAGUAAGAGGGAGGCCUGGCUGCAAAUGACCAAGCCAUGUAGCUGAACAGAGGGGUCUGAACUGAGGCCUGCAGAUUUGAGAGAGGGAAGAGUUCACAUUUCAGAUACACAAAUACACAACUGCUUUGUGCAACCAAGAAGAGUGUGUGCUAUUUAAAGCCUGCUUCAGGAUUAAACAACUUCUUCCACCGAUUUCUUCCUGCAAGUCUAUCCUCCAUCUGCAUUUGCCUUUUGAAGAAAAGACAGAGCUGGGGUGUGUUUUCCUCAUAAUGUGUAGUUCCUUCUUUUAGCAACAGACACAACUGAAACAUGAAGAACUGCAACCAUUGGUACAGGCAUCCACUUAUUAUAAAAGUGUGGGUUUGUUGUCGUAGAUUAUACUUUCUAUUAGUUUAAUUUCAACUCUCAAGUGGAGAGGUCUGAGUAAUAAAAUACAAAAACUGUGAUGACACAGGCCAUUAAAAUUUGGUUAAAUUGCAGGUUGUGAGAGUGAAGGGGGGAAAUGCUAUGAAUAUGCGGUUUGAGAGUUUACCAUUGGCUAAUGAUGUUCCUAAUAGUCAAAGUAGUGAUGUUAAAUAGUGAUUCCCCCCUCCGUUCAUUCUUCACAGGUAUUCAUUGACUGCCUGGAACAGCUAAGUACCAAGCCUGAUAGUGAUGUAGAUAAUGCACAGUAAGUAAAAUAAUCUGGUCGGGGUCUUUUUGGCAGUAAUCCGUGUGCUACUUAUUCCAAAGUUCAACAAGUGGUUUCUGGUUGCGUUACUGCAGGCUUCCUCAACCUCUGCCCUCCAGAUGUUUUGGCCUACAACUCCCAUGAUCCCUAGCUAGCAGGACCAGUGGUCAGGGAUGAUGGGAAUUGUAGUCUCAAAACAUCUGGAGGGCCGAGGUGGAGGAAGCCUGCAUUACUGGUUGAUGUGCAUGCAAAGAGUAGAAUACCAUUUCCCCAUGGAGAAGGGUGCCAUGCUUUUCAUUAAGGGAAAUCAUCUGAGGCAGAGUUCCUGCUCAUUCCCUCAUUGUCUCUCAACUGCCAACACUAAAGCAUAUCUAUUCAGCAGCAUCUUUAGCUAGUCUUAGUUUAUUGGUAUUCUUCCAGUGUUCUGGUUCUUGUUUUUGGAGUUGUUUCUAUGGUGUUUUUUUAAUUUAGAUAUUAUGUUUCUGAACAAAAGACUUUAAAAUGAUGGCUUAGGCCAGAGAUGGCAAACCUGUAGUCCUCCGGAUUGUUAUUGUAUGACAACUUCCAUCAUUCAUGGCUGUUGGCUAUGCCUGCUGGAGAAAAUGACAAUUUAAAUCUGGAGGGCCACAUGUUUCCAGUCCAUGACUUAGGCCGAGAUUGUUCAUGAGCUGUUAACUCCAGAGGUCCCAUUGUAUUCCAGCCAUACUCCAAAAGGUCUAAGUCAGGCAUGUCCAAAGUCUGUUUCAGGGGCCUAAUCUGGCCCGCCAGUCAAUCUUAUCCCCGUGGCAGUAUAUGUCCUGGGGUAAAAUCCUAAAAGAAGCUCGGCAACUUUGGGUUAAAAUUGUAAAAAAAAAAAAAGCUCAACUUCAAUCCAAAAAAAAUCAACAACCUUGGUCGGCCCUCAUGCGUGUUCACUUCAUCAAUUCCGGCCCUCCUUGAAAAAAGUUUGGGCAUCCCUGGUCUAAGUGCAUAAUACUGUUAAACAGAAUCAUUCCUUCCUUGGGAGCUGCAGUUCUGUGAGGGAGGUUAAGAAUUCUUACAGACCAUUCUCAGCACCUUUUCUGAACUACAGGUUCUUCUUUGUAGGAGAAGUAUAGGGGGUAUGUCUUUAUAUUUGAAAUAAGGCCUAGCUCACUCCCCACCCACUGAAAGAGUGGGAACAGAAGAUUCCUACAGAUGCUGCCUCAGUGACAGUGAAGAAGAAGAAACUGAACAGGACGGUGAGAACCCAUGCCCUUUGAGGUGUGGGAGCAGGCUUCCUUCCAAAACCUUUUAUCACCAAGCUCUUAAAAGUUCUUUAACGGGGCUUUGCAUGGGCAUAGAUCCCUUACUGCAUAGAUAAAAUCUGACUUCACAGAUGACCACUUGCAACAACCGCAGUUACAAAUAGGCAACCUGUUUUUCUUUGGGUUUAAGUGGUGUAAACCCAAUUUGAGUUAGUAACGUAGAGAUACAUUCUUAAGUGUUUAGAACAAGUACUUCACCAGUAACUUUUUACAAAAUCUUUCAGUCUUUCAGCUGAUGUUUCAUCUUCAGAUUUAUUUGGAAGUAUCCAUGAAGACUCCAGUUUGUCUUUGGUAAGUGUGACUUACCUUUAUGUACACAUACGGGCAGAGUAAUCCAAAUGAUAGGAAGCUAGCAUCAUAUGCGCCAGUGUAAAUUAUGCUGGUGUAACAAAAAGCUGCAUCACAAUCCAGAAAUCAAAGUUGUUAAAAUUAAAGCAAAGGAAUACUUACUAGGAAUCGAUGUGAGUGGUAUCGCUCUUACCUUUUCUGAGCCCUUGAUUCAUCUACUUAAAAGUUGGUGUUGAGUCUGAAUUGGUUACUGGCCUGAAGGUAGAUUUAAAAAUAAAUAAAUAAUCAGAAUCCCAUGUCUUUUCAUAUCGCUCCCAAGAUCCAAAAGGAGUUCUCCAUGUUAUUAAAUUUUCAGGUGCAUUAUUUCUCAGUCAGGUAUUUGGGCAUACAUAGAACUAAAAUCUAAAUACAGUGGUACCUCAGGUUAAGUUAAUUCGUUCCGGAGGUCCAUUCUUAACCUGAAGCACCACUUUAGCUAAUGGGGCCUCCCGCUGCCGCUGCGCCGCCGCCAUGUGAUUUCUGUUCUCAUCCUGAAGCAAAGUUCUUAACCCGAGGUACUAUUUCUGGGUUAGCGGAGUCUGUAACCUGAAGCGUAUGUAACCAGAGGUACCACUGUAUGUAUUUUUUUCAUCAUUAAGUAUGGCCUUGUGUGGGAUCAAAUAUAUAAGGCUUUGUCCGGGUGGAAGCUAAAUGUUGCUAUUAUGGACAGAUUAGUUGCAAUUAAGAUGAAAGCACUAUCGAAAAUUCUAUUUAUGUUCCGAACUCCCCUAUUUAGACCUCUGGUAAACAGCUUCAGUUAUGGCAAAGAGAGAUUAGCAGUACAUUUUGAGGAGUUAAAAAUGGCCUCUACCUUAUGGAAGUGGUAGCCAAAUAGCAAUGAUACAGAAACUCCACUGCCCACUCAAGGACAGGUAGGCAGUGUUGCAGCAAAAAUCUCAUGGUUGGGGACAGUGCUGUAUAACCUAUGCAAAUAGGUUGGCAAUUCAUCUGAAUACUGUGUUUUGUGCCCAUGUUAAGGUUACACUUGUCUUUCAGAAUAUUCUAUUUUAAAGUCUCAGUAUUGCCCCAUGGUCAUAAUUUGUAACCUUAGCCUGAUUUCUGUCUUAAAUAACAAUUGCUUUCUUAGCAAAAUUGUUUACCUGUGUGCCUCUCUUGUACCGUUAAUUCAUUUUUCUUGUUGAAAUCCUCCUUGAUUUAGGAGCGGAGACUUUUAAUUGUGCUUAGCAACUGCUGCUAUCUAGAACGUCACACUUUCCUAAACCUAGCUGAACACUUUGAGAAACAUGGCUUCCAAGGAGCUGAAAAAAUCACUCAAGUAAGUAUUUGAUCUCAAUUCUUUCAGUCUCAGUUUUCAGUAGGCUUCCAAAAUAAAUUAUAAAUAAGAUUAGCACCACUGAAUAGAAAUUUAAUCUGCAGUUGCUCAGAAGCAUAUAUGCUGUAGUUUCUACAUCUUGUUCCUAAACUCUAUUUAUUUUUAAAUCUAGAGAAUUUGGUUUUGUUGUUGUUUUUAACUAUAAUAAUAAUAAUUAUUAUUAUUAUUUAUUUAUUUAUUUAUUUAUUUAUUUAUACCCCGCCCAUCUGGCUGGGCUUCCCCAGCCACUAUGGGUGGCUUCCAAAAAAAUAUUAAAAUACUAUAAUACAUCAAACAUUAAAAGCUUCCCUAAACAGAUUGUUUACAUUGUUACCAAGUUGUUUUUUGAAGUACUCAGUCAGAUUUCAUAUCUGGAACUUAAAACUUUAGAUUUUUUUGAGUCUUUAGGACUCAAAAUCAUACUAUAUAGACAUCUGUGAUGUUACAAUUUUGUCAUUACUUAUUAUUCCCAUUCUUGUUUCAGCACAGCUUCACCUGAAUUGAAUAUAAUAAGGCUUUGAUGCAUAUCAUCCAUAAGUGCCCAGUCCAACAUACUUUUAAUUUUGCCCUUUGGUUGUCACAAAUUUAUUCCCGGUGCCUUCAGGCUGGGGAAGUAUUGGCGCCAAUGUCCUCUGUUGUGCAUUUUGUGAGCCUCCCUGUAAAGGGAUUUCUUGGCUGCUCAUCAUCUUACUACCAAAUUCCUGGGUCUUCACUCAGUCAGGUUUCUAUAAAAAGAAGAGAAAUCAAUAGGUAGAAGCUUUUCCGCUUAUCCUAGCAGACAGGACAACAUCUCAGUCCAAGUGAACGAUUAAGGAAUAUAUACUAUUCUGGCUGGCAAAAUAUACCAUCCAUCUGACUUUGAGGAAUCUGCCAGCUUCUUAUGAAGCUUCUUGGCUCUUCGUUCAUUUUUUUAAACAGAAAUAUUGACUUCCAAAAUAUACAUUGUGUAACAUUAUAAAAGUAUUAGAUGCCUGGCUUUUUUUAGUAAAUGAGAGGAGAUUUACACACAAUAAUACUAUUGUAAAUAAUCAUAUUUGUACCUUUUUGUUUUAGGUUAGCAUGGACUCACUAAAAGAACUUGAUCAACGACUGUUUGAAAUGUACAUUGAACUAAAGGCUGAUCCAAUAGUAGGCUCAUUGGAACCUGGCAUUUAUGCAGGUUAUUUUGAUUGGAAAGACUGUCUUCCUCCAACAGGUAGGAAUCUUUAAGCCUCUGAAACUGUAGUAGAAACAGAUAUGAUUUUUUAAAAAAAUAAAAAAAAUUAUGUAUCACUACUUAAAGCAUUUUUCCUUCAGUGGAUCCAUUGUAUAUAAUUCUUAGAAUGCUUUUCAAAUAACCCAUAUAAUUAUAGCAUCUUCUAUCAGUGCUAAUCUCUCUGAAUUGUUGUUUUUGUUAUCAUCCACCUUCAUUUUUCAUACAUUUUUGAAUAGUUAUGAAAAACAAAUUUGCUGUUUUUUUUUACAAAUCCAUUAUAUAAAAUCUGGUCACUUGUGUAUGAUACCAGAAUGCCAUUGUGUAAGAAAAUGUGUGAGAAUAGCACUUUUAAGGGAAGCUUGACCUGACCCACUCCCUCAGAUGAUAAAAGAAACUGGUAUAAACGUGUUUAAGUAUAAAAUAUGUAAUGGGUGUUAUUUUCAGUAUUAUUAUUUUUUAAAGCUCCCUAUUCAUCAAAGCAUAUAUUUAACAAGCAAAUUAUCUCUGCCUACUUAGAAUUGAGUUUCGUUUAAAAAUAUAAACACUCAAGGAUCUUAAAAGUUAUUUAAAGUUUGGUACGUUGUAGUCUAGUGAUAGCAUCCUCCCAGUCUGGGCGCAUGCUGAGGCAUGCCUGAAGUUCCUGCAGCUACCACUGUGUGGCAGCAGGGAGCAGGAGACUGUGAAGCAGGAACAGUGUAAUGUGCCAGAACCAGCCUGCAACUUCUGUGCAGUUUUGCCCAUCGUGCUGAUCCUGCUAUUGCCAUGAACUUCAGGAAUCCUGAAAGUUGCUACAUUGGUGGAUCUCUCAGUGCGGUUCCUCCUCUCACAAUGUUAGCUAAUGCCAUUCUCAGUUUGCAGUGAUAUUUUUUAGGCUUCAGUUUUGUCCCCACUUACUUAGGAGUAAGCCCCAUUCAGCAGAUCAAUAGUUUCUCCCAAGGAAACAGGGAUGGGGUGAGGCUGCACAUGUUAUGAAACUGAGUGUUCCAGAGUGUCCAAUAAGCAUCUCUCUGGUCAAGAUACUUGGGCCGACAUUGAUUUGAAGGCUUGCUGAGUACACAUUGACUUCCUGCCUCAGACACAGGAACCUAUUGAGUGCUAUCUGGCAUUGCACAGGAAGCUUGCUACUGGAAGUAGAUUUUUCCUCCAAAAUCUACAUAUGUUCAUUGAGGCACAUGUACACAGGACUCUUGAAAUAACGUAUCACUUUUUACCUCCUUUCUACAUCCAUUGUCCACACUAAUUUUCAAGCAUAUCCAAUAUAACAUAACUUAAAUGUCUACAGGCAUUUAAGUCGUGCUUUGCUGAAAGUGGUGGCAAGAGUCAAGAUGUGUGAAGGUUUGUGUAUGCAUAUGAACCGCUUGAUUACUCAGUACUUUCGGACGUGCCGCUGCUGUCCUUGAUCAAAUGAAGUGUGGUACAUCUGUAUUUCGCUUUCUGCAGUAGAGCUUCAGUGUUUGACCUAGAUUAGAUGGCAUACUUAAAUCCAUAGCAAACUGUUGCCUGGCUAAGUAGGGCUUAGGAACUGUUGCCACAGAUGGUACCAUGGGCUGAGCAUUGGGAAUAGACCAAGGAAACAGAAAAUCAGAUCCCUUUUCAGCUAUGACACUUAGGGUUGUAUUCAGUGAAACCAUUGUGCUAGUGAAAGCCAGUACAAUGAUCCCCGCUAGUGUUACAGGAUAUUAACAGAACUGUUUUUCAAAUACAAAUUAAUGUUAAUUGUAAAAACAAAUGAAGUCCUUAUAGACACCAAAGUCUGAAAGACUUAAAGUAAAAGUGUUUAUUACUUGAGACGUCUCCGGGGAAACCUUUUUUCUCUCUUUAGGAUAUUGCCCCUGCAUCUGCUGAAGUAGCUUUUACCUAUGAAAUUUUAUGUCAGAAAUGUGUUAGUGUUUUAAAAUACCACAUAGCUAUUUCCCCCCUUUUUACUUAUAGACAGUUUUCAGAUCGGUAUACAAAAUCUGAUGCAAUCAGGUAUCGAGGGAAUCAACAUACUGGAAAGCAAAAGGGAGGACAGAAGAAUAGGGGUGAAAAUUGUCAUACGGUUAGCAGGAGUUCUUGGACAGACUUAUGUGAAUAUUUCAGUAAGUUGUAAGAUGAGUUCAUUCUAAUAGUAAAUUUGUGAUCUGUGAUAAGGAGUUGUUAUUUCUCACUUGCCUAUAAUUACUAAGCACUGUGAACGGAUUAAGAACAAGACUGUCCCUGCCCUCUGGUUUUCAGUCUAAAAGUGAAGACCCCCAAAGGAAAAAGUAAUGGAGACAAAAGAGAGAAACUUGUAAACUGUGGCAUCAAUCCUUUAAGUUGUUUAGGAAUGACCAGCUUGAUUGCAAAAGGUUCAGAAAGGUGAGGAUGGAUGCAGUUGAGAGAGAGAAGGAGCCAAAUGGCAGUUGAUCAGUUACCUAGUUAAUACAGUAGGAUCUGAUUUGUGUCACCUUUUUCAUAAGAAAUUUGAUGUGCAAGUUUGUUCUCCAUGGUGAUGUUUGUCCCAGAGUCCCUUAUGCACACAUUGGUAUGGUCAUCGACUUCCAGUGACAUGCCACUGUUGCUCUAACUGUUACCAAGAGAUUUAGAAUCGGAAAUAAUAAUGUUGGUUGGUUGGUUGGUUGGUUGGUUGGUUGGUUUGUAUACCCCACCCUUCUGAGUGGGUCGCCCCAGCCACUCUGGGCAGCUUCCAACAAAAAUACAGGAAAAAACCCAACACCAACAUUUUGAAUUGUGCUUGGAAACAUACUGCAAGCCAAUGUAGAUCUUUUAGGACCAGUGUUAUGUGGUCCCGGCGGCCACUCCUAGUCAUCAGUCUAGCAGCUGCAUUCUGGAUUAAUUGUAGUUUCCAAGUUAUCUUCUACAAGGUAGCCCCAUGUAGAACGCAUUGCAGUCGUUCUUGAAUAAUAUGUGGUUUUGCUCUGACAGGCAACAUACCCAGAGGUGCUAGGCAAGGGAUGGCAAGAUGGAUGGUUUAGUGCCUGUCACUGAGCCAACACUUUGUUUUAGAAACUUGACACAACAGGGUACCCUGAACUUUACAACUCCUGUACCUGUCAUUUAAAUUGGGUUUACUGGGCAUUUGAGCUUUCAUUGCCACCAAAUCUCAUCCUUAAAAGGGUACGCCUUGCACCUUUCCACUGAUAAGAUUUCUGUGGACAGGAGAGGGGGAUUUAAUCCCGUAAAUAUAAAAUUGUGUAGGGUUGCCAUAUUUCUAAAAGUGAAAAUCUAGAUAGAAUUGUUGACGGUUUCUUUUUUUGCAUUUUUUUGGGGGGGUAGACCCUGCCACCUUCUCAUAGCUUGCCUGAUUUUGAGAAGGCAGUGUAAGGGCUCUUGGAUGCUUCCGCAGCCCUGGCACUGCUUUUCCAAAGCUCUAUGGAAGCCCUCUGAGGUAGGGAGGAGUCUGGAAAGCAAAGAAAGGCAGAGAAUGGAAGAAGGAGAUGGAUCCUGGCAGAGGGAAAGAGGAAAGGAAAGGAAGAGGGUCCAGAGGAGGAGGAGGGGGUCAUCCAGACAUGAGGCAGGAGGCAAAGGACUGAAAAAGCCAUGCAAUGGAGAGAGGCUGGGAUGGGGGCAAGGGAAUGUAGCAGUAGAGAAAGCGAGGGCGAGCAUCAGAAAUCACAGCAAGAGGAAAACACUUUAAAAGCAACUUAAAAUAUGCACGAGUUUUGCCAUCCCAGCAACCCUAUGUGUGUGGGAUGCCAUUAUAAUUUUCAUUUUACAGACUGAGAACAACAUGAUAACUGGUGACUUGCCCAAGGCCACAUGGGUUUGGUGCUGUAUCCACAAGAGAGACAGAACCAUAAAUGGUUGAAACUGUUAUAGGUGAGGAGGAACCUAAGAACAAGUCUUUCUGCUCAGAUCCAUUUGGCACUGAUUCUGCUUAGGGCCAGCCAGUCAGUAUGAGUCCUGGUGGCUCAGAGAUGCACAGAGCAGUGGCAUAACUAUACCAUUGCAUGUGCAGCUUGCUAAUGGCAUGCGGCCAAGCAACCCUAGCACCCACAGAAAGGAACACAAUGCUUUACUAUGAAGUCUCACAAAUCAUAUGAACAUACCUGUAGUGCAAGGGGCAUUGCUUUCUCCCAAACCAAGCUUCACUGCACUGCCAUCUCAACAGUUUCUCAAUCUCUAGGAUCAAUAGUGGGCAAAGACUGUGAAAUUUUGGUCUUAUGGCAGUCCCCUGCUUACAAAAAAUAUACUAGGCUUAACCACCAUAACUCAGAAAUUUUUGAGAGGUGAUGAGUAAGAAAAGAAGACAGAAUAUAAUAUUCUUUCAUUUUGAGGUCACGUUUAUUUGGAACUUAAGUUCCUUCUUUCAUUAUGUGUGCUAAUAUAAUACUGGUUGUUUAAACCCUUCUAUCUAAGAUUUAAAAUGUUGUGUAAAUAUAUAACCCUUGCUUUUAUUAGCAGGCAGUUGCAUGGGCCCAGGGAUGUACAGUUACCUUCCAGGUAUUGACUAAACACUUCACCAAGGUUUUUAUUUUAUUUUAUAUUCUUUAUUGAAAAACAAAAAGUACAAAAUUACAAGUGCACAGGGUAAGAAAAGACACAAAAAGAAGAAGAAACAACAACAACAACAACAACAACAAUAAUAAUAAUUUAUUAUUUGUACCCUGCCCAUCUGACUGGGUUUUCCCAGCCACUCUGGGCGGCUUCCAUAGAAACCAAAAAUACACUAAAAUAUCACACAUUAAAAACUUCCCUAAACAGGGCUGCCUUAAGAUGUCUUCUGAAUGUCAGGUAGUUAUUUAUCGCUUUGACAUCUGAUGGGAGGGCGUUCCACAGGGUGGGCGCCACUACCGAGAAGGCCCUCUGCCUGGUUCCCUGUAGCUUUGCUUCUCACAAUGAGGGAACAGCCAGAAGGCCCUCGGCGCUGGACCUCAGCGUCCGGGCAGAACGAUGGGGGUGGAGACACUACUUCAGGUAUACUGGGUCGAGGCUGUUUAGGGCUUUAAAGGUCAACACCAGCACUUUGAAUUGUGCUCGGAAACGUACUGGGAGCCAAUGUAGGUCUUUCAAGACCGGUGUUAUGUGGUCUCGGUAGCCGCCCCCAGUCACCAGUCUAGCUGCCGCAUUCUGGAUUAGUUGUAGUUUCCGAGUCACCUUCAAAGGUAGCCCCACGUAGAGCGCAUUGCAGUAGUCCAAGCGGGAGAUAACUAGAGCAUGCACCACUCUGGCGAGACAGUCCGCGGGCAGGUAGGAUCUCAGCCUGUGUACCAGGUGGAGUUGGUAGACAGCUGCCCUGGAUACAGAAUUGACCUGCGCCUCCAUGGACAGCUGUGAGUCCAAAAUGACUCCCAGGCUGCGCACCUGGUCCUUCAGGGGCACAGUUACCCUAUUCAGGACCAGGGAGUCCUCCACACCAGCCCGCCCCAUGUCCCCCAAAAACAGUACUUCUGUCUUGUCAGGAUUCAACUUAAAUCCAUUAGCCGCCAUCCAUCCUCCAACCGCCUCCAGGCACUCACACAGGACCUUCACCGCCUUCACUGGUUCUGAUUUGAAAGAGAGGUACAGCUGGGUAUCAUCUGCAUAUUGAUGGACACCCAGUCCAAACCCCCUGAUGAUCUCUCCCAGCGGCUUCAUAUAGAUGUUAAAAAGCAUGGGGGAGAGGACGGAACCCUGAGGCACCCCACAAGUGAGGGCCCAGGGGUCUGAACACUCAUCUCCCACCACCACUUUUUGAGCACGGCCCAGGAGGAAGGAGCGAAACCACUGUAUAACAGUGCCCCCAGCUCCCAGCCCCUCUAGACGGUCCAGAAGGAUGUUAUGGUCGAUUGUAUCAAAGGCCGCUGAGAGAUCCAGCAAAACUAGGAAACAACUCUCACCUUUGUCCCUAGCUCGCCGGAGAUCAUCAACCAGCGCGACCAAGGCAGUUUCAGUCCCAUGAUGAGACCUGAAUCCCGAUUGGAAGGGAUCCAAAUGGUCCGCAUCCUCCAGGCGUGCCUGGAGUUGUUCAGCAACCACGCGCUCAAUCACCUUGCCCAAGAAUGGAAGAUUUGAGACUGGGCGAUAGUUGGCCAUACUGGCCGGGUCCAAAGAUGGUUUUUAAGAAGCGGUUUAAUGACCGCCUCUUUCAGCGGAUCUGGGAAUGUUCCCUCACAGAGGGAAGCAUUCACCACCCCGCAGAGCCCAUCGCCCAGCCCUUCCCGGCUUGCUUUUAUUAGCCAGGAUGGGCAAGGAUCAAGGAGACAGGUGGUUGGUUUCACGCGUCCAAGCAGCCUGUCCACAUCCUCGGGGGUAACGGAUUGAAACUGAUUCCAUGCAACUUGACCAGACAGAGCUCUAGCACUCUCCCGCCCCAGCCCUGCUCCCACGGUGGUGUUUAGCUCCUUCCGAAUAUGAGUGAUUUUAUCUGCAAAAAACUUUGCAAAAUCGUUGCAGGAGAUCUUGGGGUCUUUACAAGGCCCCGGUGGUAAAGGUGGUUCCGUUAAAUUGCGAACCACCUGAAAGAGUCCCCUGCUACUAUUUUCUGCAGAUGCAAUAGAGGCGGUGAAGAAAGUCUUCUUCGCCGUCGCUAUCGCCACUUGGUAGGCUCGACGUUGAGCUCUAACCUGUGUCCGGUCAGAUUCGGAGUGAGUUUUCUGCCACCGAUGCUCUAGGCAUCUCAGCGAUUGUUUCAUUGCCCUCAGCUCCGAAGAAAACCACGGGGCUGUCCAGGCUCCAUGCAAUCGGAGAGGGCGCUUUGGAGCCAGACAGUCGAUAGCCCUGGUUAACUCUGCAUUCCAGCGGGCCACCAGGGAAUCAGCUGAAAGGCCAUCAACAUGGGAUAAAGCAUCCCCUACCACUUUCUGGAAACCAUUUGGAUCCAUUAAGUGGGGGCGGACCAUCCGAAUUGGUCCCACCUCCCUGCAGAGGGGAAGGGUCGCGGAGAAGUCCAGUUGCACCAGGAAGUGAUCUGACCAUGGCACUUCUUUUGUUUCACUUUUACUUAGUGUCAGAUCACCCACGUCACUAGAGGUGAACACCAGGUCUAAGGCAUGUCCAUGACUAUGAGUUGGGCCAAACUUAUUCAGGGACAGCCCCAUGGAGGCCAUGCUUUCCACGAAGACCCGAGCAGCCCCUUGUAAGGUCGUGUCGGCAUGGAUGUUAAAAUCCCCUAGGACAACCAAACUAGGUGUCUCCAGGAGGAAGCAGCUCGGACAGGGAAUCCUUGGUGCAGCGGGGAGGUCGGUACACCAAAAGGAAUCCUGUACUGCCCCUAUUGCCCAACUUCCAGAAUAUGCACUCAGAAAACUGGAUCUUCCCAGUAGGACACCUGGUGCAAGCUAGUGACUUCCUAAAAAUCACUGCAACCCCCCCUCCCCGCCCACAUGACCUGGGUUGCUGUGCGUAAGAGAAACCUGGUGGGCAAGCAGCAGCAAGGACAAGCCCAUCUGCUUCCUCCAACCAAGAAAUAAUAACCAUGAAGAAAACAAAACAGAAAAGGAUAUUGUGUACCAAAAAAAGAGGGGAAAUUGUUACUGUAGCUAACCAGACCUUAACCUAAUAUGGUGUUUAUAGAAAUGAAUUCCAAAUAUUGUUAAAUUUGUCCAUGGCAAGUCUGUGUUGGUAUGCAACUUGUCUGUGUGUAGCAAAUUUGUACAUAUCUUCCAGUUCAUCAAAACCAGUCAUUUUGCCAUAGGAAGGACGCAGAGAGUCCAUUCAUAUUGUCGCUUUGUUAGAUUGGGUAUAUAAUUUUAAAGGGUGGUAUGGGAUGAAAAGGAUAAAACGUACGGGUCAGAUGCAGUGUCAUAGACUUCCCCUGUGCAAUCUUGGCCUACAUAUUUUCUCAUUGCUUUCCACCCUGCCAGAUAGAAUAAUAGUAGGGACGUGGGUGGCUCUGUGGUCUAAACCACUGAUCUUGCCAAUCAGAAGGUCGGCGGUUCGAAUCACUGCGACAAGGUAAGCUCCCGUUGCUCUGUCCCAGCUCCUGCCAACCUAGCAGUUCAAAAGCAUGCCCGUGCAAGUAGAUAAAUAGGUACCACUGCGGUGGGAAGGUAAACGGCAUUUCCGUGCGCUCUGGCAUUCGUCACAGUCCUCUGUGCGCCUGUAGCGGUUUGGUCGUGCUGGCUACAUGACCCGGAAAGCUGUCUGUGGACAAACGCUGGCUCCCUCGACCUGAAAGUAAGGUGAGCACCACAACCCCAUGGUCGCCUUUGACUGGACUUAACCGUCCAGGGGUCCUUUACCUUUACCUUUUUACCUAAUACAAUAGUCCAUGCAGCUCUUCCCCAUCCCACCUCCCAACUUGUAGGAUGAUUAUGGUGCACAGAAUCUGAAGACCUGCAGGCAAGUUGAGUCAAAAAGAUUUUGUAGCAGAGCGGGGAGUAUUGCACAGCUGCAAAACCUGAUUGACCAGAGACAAUAGCACCCUGAUCUUCUGGGAAGCAGAGGUGAGAUAUAAAUGCAAAUAAAUAAAAUUAACAAUUUACCUGUAGGCGAUUACUUUUUUUUCCUGGAUGGGCUACAUUGAAGAGAUUGCUAAGCUUGACGUUUUCCCCCAUAAAUAAAGAAAUUGAAGCACAAUCAUAGCAGUGAACUCCUUUACUACAACAGAGUAUUCUCAGGCACUCUUCAGUUUACAGAGUUGGGUUCACCAAUAAGUUAAACUAUGAAAACUGUUUAUUGGUGGGCAACAGGAAAAGAACUUGGUUUGUUUUGGGGGUUUUUCCCCAACACGUGACUUUAGUAGCUUUCAACAUAAUGUUUUUCGAUCCAUAAUUUUUUUGGUGGAGUUUUAGGUUUAAAAAAACCUUGGCUGGUGAAUUGAAUGUAAACCUUAGUCUGGAGCCAAGCUGUAAUAUUGGGAGAUCGAAUGAUCCAUUAACCAGUAUAGCAGGGCCAUUGUAAUAGCAAACAUUUCAUUAUUUUAAAAUUUCUCUACACUCUGCUUAGCAAUUUCAAUUUAAUGAAACACUUCACAAUUUUAUUAAUGUUUGGAUGAGAUUAGAGCUCUGGACUUGUUCUGUAGCUUGGAGUGAUUCAGAAUUAUUAAACCCCUAACUUUGAACUGUGAAAAAUCUUCAGCUUUCCAGUUCUUUACUUCAUUCAUAAGGUUAGAUAAGUUCCAAAUGUUGAAUUUUGAGCUGAGUGCCAUAGCUCACACUAAAAAAACAAAUCACUUUCCAUUCUGCCACUCUCCCAAGUAUAUAAGAUUAUGGUUCAUUUUGAUGAUGAUUCUUUGGAAGUAGAAAAUGAAGCGUGAACUGCUAAAAACAUUUAAAGGUGUGUACUAGGAAAGUUUUGUAGUUUCCCUCUGAGUGGAGUAAAUAGGAAGCUACUUAGAAACCAUGUAGCACAUAGUGUGUAAAAGUAUCCCAUUUUUAUCCAAGUUUGCCAGUUCAAUCCUUCUAAACUGCAAUUUUGUCUUAUUAACUUGUGGCAUUUAAUUAAUUGUUUGCAUCUCAUUGGGCUCGCUAUUAAAAUCUUCAAACACAUUGAGAGAUGGCAUUCUUUUCAGGAAGCAUAAUAUCUGAACAUGCAUAAUGAGAUCUUAAUAGGCUGCCAAUGUUUGCACAGACUUUAAUGCAUGCAUCAGUCUUGAGACAAGGAUGGGUAUUACAAUUUGACUGCAAAAACUGAGGCUGCAAUCCUAACCCUACUUACCUGGGAGUAAGCCUCAUUUAAUUCAAUAGUAAACCUGAUUAGGAUUGUGCUGUAAAUAACUGAACCCAUUAAUGCACACAGAACACAUAAACUCCCAUGGCCCAGUUCUCUCUUCCCUGAGAUUCCUUGCGCAUGUGAUUCCAUGCAGACAAUCCCCUUUGGACUGGAACUACAUGUGUGCACUCUUGAGAUUGAGCCACUGCAGUUCCUUUGAAUUUUUGUGAUCCCGCACACCACAUACGUCCUUUCUGUGUGGGACAAUCUAUUGGACGCAUAUAUAUUCCAUUUGUGCUUGUGAUGCAGCCUCUUAUGCAGCAAGUAUGUACAUGUAUUUGCUUACAUGCAUUCCUGGCUCCCAUGAUCUUCCCAUUACUUUUCUGAAAUAGAAGAGUAAAUAGAGUUUUGACAUAUACUUAUAUAUGUGUCUGUUACACUGUAUAGUUUGCAUGCAGUGGCAGAGUGUUUGACAUUGUGCAUAUGGAAUUCACAAUUUCAGCAGCACAAACAGUAUCCUUGGCACCGUCUGUAUUACUUUGUUUCACAACAGGUAUAUACCAUGCGAUUGUGAGCAAAUCCGUAGGCAGUUUGCAGAAAUUCGAAGUGGUUUACAAAAGUCCACCUUUAAAAAAAAAACCCCUAAUUCAUGUUUGUUCAGAUCUUGGGAUGUCCUAAGCCUUUAUUCUGUGUUUUAAAUAUCUCUAUUCACCUAAUACCUAGAAACCCACUGGUUUUUAAUUAAUCCAGUUCUUCUCCUGUACCAGGAACUGAUCUUUUAACAUUUGUGUUGGGUCUUCAAACACACACCCACACCCAAUGAUAAAUAGUCCUGAGUGUUCAGCAGCGGUAGCAUGUAUUUGGUCUUAGUGAUUUUGUUACAAAGGAACAAAUGAAGCAUCCAGUUUUUCACAGUGGCCAUCAAGAUGCCUAUGAGAACCCCAGGGCAUGAGAGGAAUAGCCCUCACCAAUGAUUGCUUCUGAGCAACUAGCAUUCAGAGGCCUCCUCCUCUGAUCCUGGACUAGUAACCAUUGAUGAUCUUAUCCCCCCACAAAUUCCUCCUAUACUCUUUUAAGGCUGUCUAAGUUGGGUGGCCCUCACUACCUGGUGUGGUAGGAAAUUUCAUAGUUUAAUUAUGCCCUAUAUGAAUAAGUAUUUCCUUCUGUCUGUUCUGAAUCAUAGCAUCCAGUGUAGUGGUGUGGUUUGAGCUAGUACUGGGAAGACCAGGGUUCAAGUCAAUUAGAAGCCUCACUGGAUGACAUUAGGCUGAGAGAUAGUGACUGGCCUAACCUGCUUCACUGGGUUGUUGUGAGAAUAGAAGAGAGGUGAGGAACCACGUGUGGCAUGCCAGCUUGAACUCCUUGGUCCAUUUGCCCCUUUGAGUCUAUGUCUGCUAAUGUUAGGGAGAUUACAGUGGUGCCUCGCAAGACGAAAAGAAUCCGUUCCGCGAGUCUCUUCGUCUUGCGGGUUUUUUCGUCUUGCGAAGCAAGCCCAUUAGCGAUUUAGCAGAUUAGCGCUACAGUAUUAGCGGCUUAGCGGGCUUAGCAGAUCAGCUGAUAAGCGGCUUAAAGAUCAGAUGUUAAGCGGCUUAAAGAUCAGCUGAUAAGCGGCUUAACGAUCAGCUGAUAAGCGGCUUAGCCAUCAGCUGAUAAGCGGUUUAGCGGCUUGGGGAAAAGGGGGGGAAAGGAAAAAAACCCUGCAGGAACUCGCAAGACAUUUUCGUCUUGCGAAGCAAGCACAUAGGAAAUUCGUUUUGCGAAGCACCUCCAAAACGGAAAACCCUUUCAUCUAGCGGGUUUUCCGUCUUGCGAGGCAUUCGUCUUGCGGGGCACCACUGUAAUUUGAAAGUGGUCCACCACAGGUUUUUAACCCUGAUCUGACUACCACAAAUUGUAGUAGCUAUUUCCCCCUUAAGCUAGCAGGCUUGUAAGGUACAAGGAACAUACUGGCAGAUGUAACUGUGUACACAAGUUCUGGAAGCAGAUUGUAACAGAAAUUAGUAUUAUUAUUGGCAAACGGGUAACCUUGAACCCCAAGUUAUAUCUUUUAGUGGGUUGGUAGAGCUGAAAAUAAUGCCAAAUAUAUUUCACAUUGGGCAACUAAUGCGUCCCUUUGGUUUCAGUACAUGGGUAGACAAGUCUAAAUAGCCCGAGGUACAAAUUUUCACAAUCCUCUAGCGCAUGGGUAGGCAAACUAAGGCCCGAUCCGGCCCAAUUGUCUUCUCAAUCCAGCCCGCAGAUGGUCUGGGAAUCAGCGUGUUUUUACAUGAGUAGAAUGUGUCCUUUUAUUUAAAAUGCAUCUCUGGGUGUUUUUGCAUGAGUAGAAUAUGUGCUUUUAUUUAAAAUACUCCUUGGAGGCUUAGUUUGGUCAGAAUCAAGAACAGUCAUACCUUGGAAGUCAAACAGAAUCCGUUACGGAAGUCCGUUCGACUUCCAAAACGUUCGAAAACCAAAUUGUGGCUUGUGAUUGGCUGCAGGAAGGGCAUUCUCUGGGGCAGUGCCUAAGUUGUGGAACUCCCGACAGAAGUGUGUCUGGCAACUUCACUAUACUGUUUUGGGUGAAUGAUGAAGACACACCUCUUUACUCUGGUCUUUAGCACUUGAGAUGUAUAUUUUUAAGACCCGCCCUACUUUUGCAAUUGUGAUUUGUUUUAAACUGUUUUUAAUGUUGCCAUUUUAAUUGUAACUUGUUCUGGGACCUUAAGUUGAAGGGUGGAUAAUGGUGUUGUUGUUAUGUAACAGAUGAAAACCUAGGCUGCUUGAGGAUUCUCAUUUCUCAGAGACAACUCGUAACACAAUAAAAGGGACAGAAUGGUUGCCCAGUUACCCAGCUAUUCUGACUUGGUUGCCUAUAUUGAAUUUUUCCAAAUUUUUUGCCCCAAACCCAAUGUACUAUAUCCUCCGUCUCUCAUCAAAGGUUUUGGCAUUUUUAUGGCCAUGCAAGGAGAAGACAAGUAUUUCAGAGAGAAUUAGGCUUCUGUAAUCUCCAUCACAUUCCAGGCAUUUUCCCCCAGAUGAAGUCCUUUUUCAGAUCAAUGGAUUCAUUUUCUUAUUUUUCUAAAAAGUAAUAUUCAUAAUGUUUGAGUGACAACCAAACUAAAUUCAUAAACAUUGCAUAUCUCUAAGCCCAUUCUUCAUUUGCAAAAUUGCUGUCAUUUCAUCUUGUAAAGGCUAUGACAGGUUAUUAUUAUGGCAACAGCUAACAGCUUUAUGGAUUUAUAAGCACCUAUCACUUUUCAGCUAGUUUGUGUAUUGAAGAUUUUCAUAUAAUUUUUUAUAAAAUCAUAGUGAUGGGAGGGUUUGGAGAAAAUAACACCUUACACCCAGUGGAUGGUUUAUGUUCAUAAAAAGAAAUAGUGGAUUAAAUGCCCAAACACUAAAGCAUUAUUUUUUGUUUUGUUUUGGUGGGUGGCACCUUUUUUAAAAUAAAAAGUGGGUUUAAAUUAAGAUGUACCUAUUAUUGAUAUGUUUAUGAAUAAGCACUCUCUGCUUAUAGAGUGGUGUUGUAAAGUAGAUAUUUAAGUAACUUAGUUUGUCUUUUUCAAACCAAUGAAGACUGCUGAUAGCAUUAAAAAAAUUGAAUAGAGGCACCAGAUUGGGGAAAAGAGGCAUAGUUAAGCUCUUUGCAUCUUCCAUAGAGGUUUAUAUCAAGAGAGAUGGGUCCUCCAGCUCCUCUUGCCCCAAAAGAUCAUGGCACCCAUUCCCAGAUUAAACCAUGCUAGUGGCUUAGCCAUUGGUAGAAGUCAGCCAGCAACCUGCAUCUCAUAUGGUUUGCACUUGGGUGUCUACUUGAGAAAGCAAUUCCUACUAUUGAAAUGUUGCUUGUGCUCACAAAAUCAGAGUGUUAGAUCCAGCCUACGUGUGUGGGUAGAAGUCCUCCCGCAGGAUUUGUGCUGGCCGAAGCGGGAAGUUGGUUUUUACAGGCUCUCCCUGCAUUUCCUGUCGGAGGACCAUCCAGAACUUUGUGACAGGUGGUGCUGGGGGGUUUGGGAUCUCUGCAGGAACUCAGUACCUUUUUGUGCAAAGUAGGAGCCUUUCUGCUUGCAGGAGAGCAAUGAAAACCCCCUUUUUUUUAAAGCUCAAAGCAAGGAGAGAGAAAAGAACCCUAGGGUAUUUAUAGCAACUGUUUUCUUCAAGUUAUUUUUGUCAGGCUACAACUACGUUAGAAUUAAGGAGUUAAAAACAGGAAAUGUGAUUAAAGUGGUGGGUAGUCCCUCCAAAAACUUUCCAGAGCUGGCCUACAUGUUCACAUUUUAUUUUUCUAGCUACUAUGAUAUCAAAGCAAAGUGAUGCAGAGCAUCUUGAGAUCCUGCUAUGAUCAGUGGAGGAAUGUUUCCAUUAAAAGCAGGAAAUGGCUCAUAGAAGAAAAUACUUCCUUCCUCAUGCAGAUGAUCACCAUUCACUUCCAGUAAAUAUUUUAAGCAAACUGUAACCUCUUCAUUCUGGAUUUCUGUGCAUGUUGUUCAGGUUCUAAAUUACAGUCAGGGUCAACCUAAACAUGGCCACUCUAAAUCUGCUUUUUCCUUUGCUCUUGGAAAGUUUAUUCUCUAGGAAGAGGAACAAAAUUAUAAUCAAGGGUCUGUGAGCAUAAGUAUGGAAGGCAGUGGCCUUACAUUGCAAUUAUUAGUUUUAUUCAUGUGGCACCAGUUUACAAAUAAUUGGCAUAUUCAUAAAAUCCCGAUUUUGAUUGUUCCAUUUUCCAAGAAAUUCAAAGAAACCCUUUUAAGGUUUUAUAGUGCGGUCUUUCAGCCAAAGACGUCAGUGAGGUUAGUAUCACAGCCUCAGAUUUGACAAAGUGCUUCCUCUUUGACUUCCAGAGGCUGUACCAGUUGAAAUUGUUGACACUUCAGAAAAUCACAUGCUCUUACUCUUUACUUGAUUGGAACAUGCUUGGCCCCUGUUCUCACAAUCAUUACUAUGGAUUUGAAUCAUAUGUUAAAUGCUGAAGUGCACUUGAGCAUUCACUAUUCUUUCAUCCUUUCAAUGCAUGUUUAGAGGCAUUUCUCCAACUUCCUCCUUAAUCCUUGGCUGAUCCAGCAUUGGUUGGCAAGAGUGCCACAAAUCUGCAAGGGUGUCCCAGGCAUGGGGAACUGUUUAGUGAGGGCUAUUUUGUGUCCCCAUUGUGCAGGGAAGACCUGCACAUUGCAGUUUUCUAGCAGCUGGCUGAAGCCAGAAUGAUUGCACAGUCACUGACAUGAUCAGGGUCAUCCUUCAAGCGUUCUUUGGAGUAGUCUAUUCCCUUUUGCUUUUGCUCAGCAUUGCAGUGAAAGAUACGGUCCCCACCAGGCAAGACUGAAUGCCCCUGGAAACGUGACCUUGCUGAAGCCCACGCACCCUUACCACCAGAUCCCAGUGUGGUUUAGAACGAGUUGCUGCUUUGUCUUUAUAUAUAUUUCAGAGAACUCCUGCUGUUCCUCUUCAAUAGUCAAUGUAGAAUUACUGUAUGGAUUCCUCCGCAAGGAAGAUGCUUGCAAAGCCAUGGAGCAUGCAGUCCUGCUGGCUACAGGCCAGCACCAAGCAGGAGUAAAUCAUUUUUAAAAAAUAAAACACCCUUUAAAAAAAACCAGAACAUUAGCUUCUGCACCCCAAAUUGAUUUAUGGCCAGAUCUGGGUCAGGUCAGUUGUUCCCCGGGUCAGCCCAGGUCAUGGCCCUGAUGUCUACAAUAAUAAAUGCUAGACUGGGAGACAGAUCGUGAAGCUGAGGCUUCAAUACUUUGGCCACCUCAUGAGAAGAGAAGACUCUCUGGAAAAGACCCUGAUUUUGGGAAAGAUUGAGGACACAAGGAGAAGAGGAUGACAGAGGACGAGAUGGUUGGACAGUGUUCUUGAAGCUACCAACAUGAGCUUGACCAAACUGCAGGAGGCAGUGGAAGGCAGUGGAAGCCUGGCAUGCUCUGGUCCAUAGGGUCACGAAGAGUUGGACACAACUAAAUGACUAAACAUUUAGACUGGGAGACUGGGAGACCCAAAAAGUCAGCACAGCCAUACAGUGCCCAUGGCAGAGGAGAAUGCUGUUGUACUCAGGUCCUGCCUGCAGACAUCCCAUAGACAUCUCCUUGGCCACUGUGGGAACAGGAUGCUGGGUGAGGUGGGCAUUGAUUUGAUCCUGCAGGGCUGUUCUUUCAGAUGCUGGGAUUUAAUUUGAUUUUGCUAAAAGCUGCAUAUGAAUCGUUCAUUUUUGCUUGUGGCUGGAUCAGGAGGCUGGCUGGUUGAGAAAAGGGUUCUGGAUAGUUGAAUGUUAGCCUGAACCUACAAGACGAUUCUAAUGUAAUGCUAUGCUACCUGCCCAGCCAGUAGUGUGGUAUCUUAGUGAAGAAUCAGGUGUGUUUUCCCCCCUUCUCUCUCUAUCUCAUCCAUUUUCCUACUCAGGCGAAUACAGCAGUCUAUUUUGUGUGUCCCUGGGGAAUUUCCCAGUCAGACUUCUACCUUCUGCUAAACGAGUCAGAAGGCAUGUGGGUGGGGACAGUUCUGUCAAAUACCAUGACAUCAGAUCUGCUACCUAUGUCUGUCUUUGCAUUUAGAAGGUUAUGGUUUUUAUAACUUGCACCUUCAUCAGAAAUACCUUGUUCAUCACCGACUGACAAAAAAACCCACUUGAUUUACAAGGCUUCCUUUUCUUUUAAGGCAGUUAGGAAGACUUGAUAAAAACCCAUGUCACAAAGCACAAUAGUCACAAGUUUUUACACUGGCCUGCACAUUAAUUAUGAGUGGUAUUCAACUAUGUUUUACUCAGAACAAAUCUGUUGAAUUUGAUCUAACUUAGUCAUGUUCGUUCAUCUCCAUGGGGUCUACUCUGAGGAAAUAGCACCUUUUCUGCACCUCAAGGUGUGUUGCCUCCACCUCCGUUUAUUUUCUUAUUUUCUUUCGUUGGGGGCGGGGAAUGGAAAGACUCAUUUUCACAGCAUAAUGUGAUCACCGGUCAUCUUUGCUGAACUGGGGAAAUGGCAAGGAAAGAAGCACUCCAACUGAAAGCCAUACCUAGGGGCAACUUUGUGCAGCAUUCCUCACACAUCUUAUCAAAUUUGGCAGGCCUCCACUUGUAAGAAGCAAGCCAUCACAUGAAAUUGACAAGAUGGCUUUAGAGCUCUUAGUGCCAUGAAGAGUAGUGUGACAAUAAUAUGCACCACAGGAAGUAUCUCAAGAGGUACUGUGAUGCCACACAAAAAAAUCUCUUACUUUCCUCCUCCAUUUCAGCUCUGGAAGGGACUUCUGCUUGGACCACAGCAUCCCCAGCUCAUGGGGUCUUUGUGCUGCCAGCAGUGUGGUAUUCCAGUUUUAUGGGUGGUGCUAAAAAAAACACACACUCUGCCACAUGUAUGAUGUGCAUUUCAUGAGCUGUAUAGAUGAGACAGAUUUGGACCACACAAAUUUGACAUAGACUUUCCUCAGAGAAAUGUUGGAGGGUAUGGUAACGCUCAUGUCAUGGGCUGGGUACAGAAGGCCACAAAGGCUUCAGGAGUUUAUACCCAAGAGAAUUGGAGAAGGUUUUUAUUUUUCCCUUCAGAAGCUGUACAUGCCAGCACACAGCUCCUAACCAUACUAGGAUCGUGAAUGCAGAAAGGGCUCUUCUGCUCCUGAAGCACCCAUAACUCAGUGCGUUUGAAUAAAACAUAGGUCUUUUGCAAAUUGUCAAGCAGUGCUAUUUCACUUUUCAAAGUGGUUUGAGGGGUUUUGGUCUUGGAUGUGUGGGUAAACUACAGAUCUCUUGUUAAAGGGAAGUGCAGGUUGCACUUCCUAAUUCAGCCAGUGUUGUUCAUCAUAUCUUCAGACUGGGCAAACCUCAAAGAGCUUAACAUACAGGGAAAUUGAGUUGAAAAAGAAUUCUUGCUUUUCCUGCUCUCUUGGCAGCAUUUAACUCCGUUCUUUGAGCUCUUUGUUCUGGAGGCUAUGGAGGGGGUUGUAGCGUUUGAAGUUCAUGCCCUCUUUGAAUUCAUCCCAGGUUUCUGUUAGAUGUGUUUUGGCAUUUGAAGGUGGUAAUUUGCUGGAAUUAUUAGAGGAAAAGUUCUUACACUCCCAGACUGCCUCCAAUAGUCCCUUGCUUAGGAUGGGGGCUGCAAGAGAAACUUUAAUUAACCUUCUAACAUAAAUCCGUCUCACCCAAUAACCCAUUUCUGAUACCUCAGAGCACAGCGAAGAACACAAAACUUGAGAGAGCAUUCCUUCUCUGUGCCCUAACCAGGCACUCACUUCAAAUAAUAAAACAUCCAGCCUUUUAUGCAAUGUGAUUUUGUUCCUACAACUAUUCUGUGGAGUCUACUUCAGAUUUUUACUCAUUUCUUAGUUCUAUAUCAGUACAAAAUGGUCUUCCAGAGUUAGCUUAAAUCAUAGUACUGUACCAUUGUGCCUAUGGGAAUACGUUGGGGUUGCUUUACCAUGGUUAAACAAUAGGUUUUGUUGCAGUUAAAGAUAAUAUAAUGAGCACCUGUAACUAUGUGUUUGUGCAGUCAGGAGCCUCCAGCAUAUAAAAUGCUUUUUAAAAUAAGGAGGCAGAAAGGAUGCUGUCUGAGCCUGUCAUCAGACCCAUUGGGGGCAGCCUGCUUGUGCCAAGCUGGGUGUUGAAGACAGGCCUGUUGUUUUCUACUGCUCUGAAGUGCAGAGUGUUUGAGGACCGGGACAUUCGCAGGGAAACCAAAAUGCUUGUUUACAAAGCUAUUGUACUACCAACUUUAUUGUAUGCUUGUGAAACAUGGACCACUUACAAACGCCAUCUCCAGCUUCUUGAAAGAUUCCAUCAAUGGUGUCUCCAAAAAAAUCUUACACAUCACUUGGGAAGAUAGGCCAACUAAUAUCAGUGUACUGGAUGAAGCAAAGAUCACCAGUUUUGAAGUAAUGAUUCUUCAACAUCAACUUCGUUGGACUGGUCAUGUUGUGCGAGUGCCUGAUUAUCGUCUUCCAAAGCAACUACUCUAUUCCGAACUUAAAAAUGGAAAGCGUAAUGCUGGUGGUCAGCAAAAGAAGUUUAAAGACUUUCUCAAAGCAAAUCUAAAAAAACGUAGUAUAAACACGAACAACUGGGAAACACUGGCCUGUGAGCGCUCCUGUUGGAGAACAGCCUUUACCAAAGGUGCCAUGGACUUUGAAGACACUCGAACUCAGAACGCAAGGGAGAAAUGUGCUAAGAGGAAGGCACAUACUGUGAUCAACUCCCGCCCGGAAACCAAUGUCCCCACUGUGGAAGGACGUGUGGGUCCAGAAUUGACCUCCACAGUCACUUACGGACUCAUUGUUAAAACCGUGUUUAUGGAAGACAAUCUUACUCAGCUUCGAGUGAUCGCCAAAGAAGAAGACAGUAGGGGUCCCUCAGGGUGUGGCUCCGACCAUUUUGGCUCUUAAAAAUAUAAUUCAUCUUUUUUUAUUUUGAUUUAGUGUACUCGGACAACCAGAUGAAAGACUGGUUAUGAAAUGUUUAUCAGACAAGGUCCUAUAUAUUACUAAAUGCAUGUCUAGAUCAGCUAGUUGACUGUGUUACCUAAAUGGAACAAAUAGUAUAAUAUUCUUGCUUCUCUUCCUUGUCAAUUGUGCUCUGUAUUUGAACAGGUCAUAUGACUGUAAUUAAAGACUAACUGAUUCACAGUUCAUCUUAGUUUCUGCUUUCCCCAGAAUAAUAUCUUUCCGUUCUAUUUAUAAGCCAUCGCUGACGUUAUUGUAGCACGUUUUAUUUUUCUCAUUCUAAACUUGGCUUAUCUCCCUCCAUUGUAAAGAACCAUUUGAAUGCUAAACAAACCCAUGCGCGCUCUAUGCAUUUCACCAAACUCAGUUUAAAAUAUUCACAACAGAGCGACAGAAAUAUAUGCACGGUAUAAGCAAAUGUGAAUAAAUAUACAGUGGUGCCCCGCAAGACGAAUGCCUCGCAAGACGGAAAAACCGCUAGACGAAAGGGUUUUCCGUUUUGAAGUUGCUUCGCAGGACGAAUUCCCCUAUGGGCUUGCUUCACAAGACGAAAAUACCUUGCGAGUCUUGAGAUUUUUUUUUCGCUUUCCCCCCCCUUUAUCUAAUCUGCUAAGCCUUUAAUAGCCUUUAAUAGCCUUUUAGCAGCUAAUCCCCUAAGCCUUUAAGCCUUUAAUAGCCGCUAAACCGCUAAUAGCGCUAAUAGCGCUAAUCCGUCAAUGGGCUUGCUUCGCAAGACGAAAAAACCGCUAGACGAAGACUCUCGCGGAACGGAUUAAUUUCGUCUUGCGAGGCACCACUAUAUUUACUAUGUUAACACACACUCUUCCUGUUGAAACUUCCUGUCUGUUUCAAUAUUUUAUUUACUUAUAAAAUGGAUUGCCUGUCUUUAGAAAGCUCAAAGUGGUUUAUAAGCUUUUUCUUUAUAUUUAUUGGUAACAAGUAAAAUAUUGGUUCUGUUGAAAUAAAUGCUGAAAAUUUCAUGGCCUUUCUUUUUAGCUUGAUUUCACUGUGCUUAGUGCCACAAGCUUUUUGGGCUGUUUGAUCGCAGUUGACUGCUCAACCUUUGUCAUGAGUUACAUUUGAAGCCACCAACAUAGAAAUGAGAUGGUUGCUAUUGCCAGUGAUUUAUGCAAUUCUGUUUUCCAAGCUCAUAUUUCUCUUUAAUAAUAGCAAGAUCUAUUUAAUAAGACAAUCGCAGAUGAAAGCUGCCUUUUAUUGAAUAGUAUUUGAAAGAAUGACCAAAAAAGCAACAAUAACCACCCCUUGAUGCUAUUUUGAAGAGGAGGGAACAAGGGAUGCCAGACGAGACUAGGAACUUCUGGCUUCUUUAACCUUUUGUGUAAGGAAAUGUGCCUUUCUCCAUUUCACUUUCAAAAAGGAAAUAGAUUUUAGUGGUGUGGUUGGGAGAAGUUUUCAUUUUCUGUAUGCUGGUAUCGUAGUCAACGUUGUACCUGUUACAGGAUAAAAAGGCCUGCAUGGCAUGUCAAGUGAUAUUUCAGCAUAACAGAAUGAAAAUCACCAACUAUUUUGUUGUAUAUUUUUUUUAAUUACAGGUGUCAGGAACUAUCUGAAGGAAGCCUUAGUUCACAUCAUUGCUGCGCAUGCCGAGGUAAGGCUCUUUCAGACUAUCCAUGAUGAGUUUCAAUGUGUUUAAACCAAAACAUAUCAGUGGAACUGGAAGUUCAAGAAAAGCAGGCCUUUUUCAGUGCCAGAAAAUCAUUCCAAAUAAAUAUUAGCCUGGACUUUGCUCUGUUGGUAUUCAGUUUGUGACUUGUGAGCAGGCCCUGGCCUUUGGUGGACUUUGACAAUAGCACUUCAACCAUAUUUUAGAGAGAGGCAGAAGAAGAAGACCUGAUCUGGAUAGAAUAGGAGCGCUCCUUUUUGAGACUGGCAUGACACUGGUCAUUGCAAGUGCUCACUUACUUUCCUUUUUUAAAUACCUAUUUUGGAUCACUUAUGGUCGGCAGGUAUUAGGCUGCUUCUACAUGACCUGUUCAUUGAGCAUUUAUCCCAACUUGUUUGCAGGGAGACCAGAUGCCGAUGACAAUUUAACAAGCGUUCCUUCUUAUUUGUGCGGAGGUUGGAUGGUGCCGUGUCAAAGCAAGGGUUAAUCCCACACUUUCCAGGGCAUUUCUCCAUCACUUUCCUUACAGCAAAAAAAAAGUCUUUUGGGGAAGUUGAUUUGUUGCAAAAGACCUCCCAAGCAGCUAUAAUCAUGCAGCACAAAUUUGCCGCUAGGCGAUUGAGUCCCAUCCAAACACCUCUAGACAGGAGAAAAGAUCUUAAUGCUGACAAGGCUUUCGGAGUGAAAAAGCAAUUCCAGCUUUUGAGCUUUCUGUUGUAUUAUUUUAAUUUGAAAUCUGCAGGUAUUUGCCAUCUCGAAAGAGCUCGUACCCAGAGUGCUGUCGAGGAUUGUCGAAGCAGUCGCCGAAGAACUCAGCAGGCUAAUGCAAUGUGUUUCAUCCUUCAGCAGAAAUGGUGCUUUGCAGGUAACUGAAUUCUACGAGUGGCGGGCAAAUGUAGCUUUUUUAACAUAGUUAAGUCCUGUUCAGAUGUUUGUAUAUUGUAUCCAUGGAGGGGGCACUCCCUCUACCCCCAACCAACCUGCUUUGAGCAAGAAGUUCAGAAGGAGGUUGUAAGUUGGGGUUGCCAUAUGUCCAGAUUUUCCUGGACAUGGCUGGGAUUCCAGUGACGGAAUUAGCGUCUGGGGGAAUUUCGGGAAAUUGGCAAAAUGUCAGGAUUUUUGUGUUCGGAUUUUUACUUCUUGAAAUACGGCAACCCUAUUGUAAGUGCGUUUAGCUGAACAUGGUUACAGUCCUUUUCACAAUCUGAAACCCUGCUUGAUUUGCAACCACAGACCACUGGCUAACUGUGUGCAGCUGAACAAACACCACUCCUUUAAGACCUUUUCUUGCUACGUGGAAAGGUCAAAAGUUUGAGGAGGUGUGGGCAGCCUCCAACCCCUGCACAGAUACAGCGAUCUCACCUAGACAUCUUCACUUCCCCUCCAGUUGGGAAUUCCAAAAAAUAUUUCGGGGUAGCCAUGACAGUUAAACUGCUAUGAAAUGAAUGCACAUUUGCAGUACAUGUAAAUAGAAAUGUCUUAGAAGCCUGAAACGAGCAAGUCAAUGCAAAAAUGAUCCGGUGUAGUCUCCAGGAUGGAAGGGUGCUGUAGAUUCAUUUCUGAAGAAGUAUUGGUGUGUCUGACACCCACACACAGUUACUGCAUUGUGACGUGCAAAUUAUUGUUUUUCUAAGUGUAUCAAACCAUGUCAGACUGCCUGGGGAGAUUGAACUCUUUCUAUGAUCAAAUUUUGCUCUCUAACAAUUUGGAUUCAUUUGUGAAAUUCAAAGAAUAUUUAGCUAAAUAUUGUGAUAUAAAUAGAAAAUUCUUGGAAGUAACAAAUAGGCCUAGGGGUAGAAUAAGAAUAUGUGAUAGUAAAUAUUAAGGAUUAGAAUAUCAAUAAAGGAGAAGAGGUUAGUAAAUGAAAGGAGUUAACGGUAAUUUUAUUAGAAAUAUGAACUUGAAGAAAUAUGAACUCCUGUUAUACAGGAGAUAUAAUGAAAUUCAGUUAGAGGGGACUCGAGGAAGUCAGUUAUCAAUGUGAUGAGAGUUGGAUAUUUGAAGAGAUAUUCUUUUUUGUGUGUAUUUAGUUUGUUGUAGUGUGGUGUGUUUUUCUUUGUUCUGUGCUUUGUUAUGUUAUUUUUUGAUAAAUGUUGAAAAUCAAUUUUAAAAAUUGGAGAGAAAAAAACAAUUUGGAUUCAUUUAGCCAGAGCUCAGUUUUCUCAGUUUUCUUGAUUCGCUCACAUCCCAAGGAAGUUAGGAAUUUACAUAUUUUUAAUAGCGUACCGCAAGUUGCGGAGGAAAUAGAGAAGCCAACCUCCUCCUUACUUCAUGAGCUCCAAUAGAACUAGAAUAUCUAGCUGGAAGAAUAUAGCAGUGAGGUAUUUGCUGAUACUUUUAGUUUAACAGUAAGCACUUAAGCGCACCACAGUUUGUCACCUUUUGUAAUUACAUUACACAUGGUUUGGAUAUGAAAGAGGCAUAUGCAAGAUCCCACCCACUUUUGACUCUGGCCCCGCCCACCACUGGCAUGUACCUACUAUAGGUAUAUAAGGCCAUUUAUCCCUUCAUCCUUCCCCAACCUAGUGCUCUUCUGAUAUGCUGGACUACAACAUUCAUUAGUCCCAGCCAGUGAUGGUCAGGGAUGAUGGGAGUUGUAGUCCAAAAACAUAUAGAGGGUGAAGAAGGCUGACAUAAAUGAACUUCUUAAAACCACUGAAUGUAAAGCACGUGAAGGGGUGGAGGGGAGCCUUUUGUUGUUGCUACUGUUCAGCAGCCAGAAAGUAGGGGGGGAGGGAGAGAACAAGAUGCAUAUUGACAGACUUCACCCUUUUGCACUUCCUUCCUCUUUGGUGGCACUGUAUAUUAAGAGACCAGAACCUCCCUGGUAAGAAUAAAUGCUAGCACUUUCCAGGACUUUUACUUUACAUUUACAAGGGGGGGGGGACUUUAAGAAACUAUAUUUGCGAACUUUUCCUGAUAGUCAGAUUUGGUUUAACUUCGUUUCCAGAACUUCCCAGAUCUCCUGUUGGCUUACAGCUGUUUUGGGACUGAUGUUUCCAGCACAGGAAACAAAUUUCGGUGAAGUUCUCUUAACAUUUUGCCUCCUUCUGCUGCACCAGCAACAACAUUGUUUUGCUUAUGCAGCCAAACCUUGUGAAAUCAGAUUCUGAAGCUAUAAAUACACUGGCUUUACGUUUGAACAUUUAUGUCCUUUAGGCCCGGCUUGAAAUCUGUGCACUGAGAGAUGCAGUCGCUGUGUUCCUCACAUCUGAAAGCAAGUAAGUGCAAAAGUUGGAGGUUCAGCAAAUGUGCACAAAGGUAACAUGAGCCUAUGCUGUUGUAUUAUCACCUCCUGAGUAGCAUAGAAGAGGAAGAAGAGUUUGGAUUUGAUAUCCUGCUUUAUCACUACCGGCAGAAAGGUAAACAGCGUUUCUGUGUGCUGCUCUGGUGUGCUUCACCAGAAGCGGCUUAGUCAUGCUGGCCACAUGACCUGGAAGCUGUACACCAGCUCCCACGGCCAAUAAAGCGAGAUGAGCGCGGCAACCCAGAGUCAGUCACAACUGGACCUAAUGGUCAGGGGUCCCUUUACCCUUUACCUUAAGGAGUCUCAAAGCAGCUAACAUUCUCCUUUCCCUUCCUCUCUCCCAACAAACAUUCUGUGAGAUGAGUAAGGCUGAGAGACUUCAAAAAAGUGGGACUAGCUCAAGGUCACCCAGCAGCUGCACGUGGAGGAGCAGAGACGCGAACCCGGUUCACCAGAUUACGAGUCUACUGCUCUUAACCACUAUACCACACUACACACUAACAACAAGGGUUGAGCCUCUUCCUGGGUAGCAGACAGGCUUCUUGAAGCAAUGACAUCACCCUUGGGGAGAGGUUCCCCAUGGCCACAUGAGCCACUCUCACUAGGCAAUAUUUUUGAGAACUCCCAACCAAGGGAUCCCCAAUCAGUCAUCCGCUUCAUUUAGAGAUUACACAGAUGCUCUCGGUCCAGAGGAGUUAGGCUCUAGCUGGGCUCUAUCAUUCCUUUUCUUUUUCGUUGAUUGCUACCACACAUUAGCGAAGCAAUGGGAACUGCAAUUUUGAACCAAUUGUGAGGUCUUGUUGGUUAGGUAGAGUUCCUGGAAUUGAAGUUUCUUGUCCAGGCAGCUGCUCCUCUUCUGCAGCGGAACCACAAAUUACACUGUGCUAAGGGCUAUAGUUUCAAGCAACGCACAUAGACUGUUCGUAGCUGAGUUUUGUAUAAUUUUGAAAGUGUGUUGCCUUUUACCCUGCUCUACAAAUGUCUAGCAGAGAUUAAAAAUUACUUGGCAUUAGCUGAAACAGUUGGCAGUAUGGUUCCUAUUAGGCUCCCUUUCCCACACAUCCAUCAAGAACAGGAACGAGAGAGCCUGUGCGUUCAUUUGUUUUGACCAGUUGGGUGCAACUGUUAUGAACUCUUCUCUCCCAUGAAAGCAGGAGCCUUAACAUAGCGCCUUCCUGGUUCUUUCUGUGAAGGACCCCUGCAUGUUAUUAAAAUAAUAAUAAUAAUCUGUCAUUUAUUAAAAGGAUUAGAUGUGUAGGAAUUCAUAGAGAGCAGCUAGUUUUCAAAGCAAAUAGAGAAAAGGCUUCAUAAUCAAAAUAACAAAUGAAACAGGGAGCGGGAAACGGCUAAAGUUUUAAGCGAAAUGCAGUCUCAUGCAUGCACACAUCUGCAUUUGUACAUGUGCACUGAAUGCUAUCUACAUGCUGGAAAGUGUUGUAAAUUGAGGCAUUUUAUUGUGAUGUUAAUUUUAGAGUGUAAAUGCUUGUAUUGUGGAAAUGCAUAACUAUACAACCUGCAUAAUCGAAAAAACCAGUCUAUGCUUAAAGCAUGGAUAUAGAUUGGGAAUAAAAAGGUCAUUGUAGAUCUGAGAUACAAUCAGUGUGUGUUUUAAUGUUACAGCUCAAGCUUUAAGCAAGCUUUGGAAGCCUUGCCACAGCUGUCAAGUGGUGGAGAUAAAAAGUAAGUUCAUAAGUUAGAAAAUGUGUUCUAUGAACAGUAGGAUGGUUAAAAUGUUCCAUGAUGAUAAAUGAUAUUUCAUAAGGUUGGUCCAAGAAGUAACCACCUUGCUGGUGGUUAAAGUGGUAAUGUCUAUUUUAUGACCCUUUUCUGCACACACGUUCAAUAUCAUCGUGAUGCCGUUCGUCUUUGAAUGCACUCUGUGGGGCAACUUAGUCGAAGGCAGAGUGGGAAAACUGGAGGCCUGGAGAGCUACAUUUGGGCCUCAGGCUUAACAUCCACCACUCCUGACCUGCUAAUUUAGUUCAGCACCACACAAGCAGUAUCAGGAAUAUGAUCUUGUCCUUCCCACAUCCGAACGCGACACCCUGUCCACUUAACCAAACUGCCACCAAAAAGCCCGUAUCUUUUUUAAUUUUCCCGUUGCUCCUAAGUGAUGCCAAGAGGGAAGUUUCCUUUUAGAUGCUGGGAGGUCAACACACAUUUCCAGAUGUAACUUUGGGAUUUGGUUUGCCUCCAGCAGCUUCAGUGCUGAACUUCGAGCAGCAAUUGGCAUACAAAAUGGCUUGAGUUUCUUCCAGAACGCAGCUGGCAAACUUAAGGGUUAUAUUCCCUCUUCCUUAUUAUUUGCCCUCAUACACUGCUGUUGCAUCUGCAAGCUCGCUGCACACUUCUUGUAAUGAAUUCACAUUUAUGGAAUGAUUUAGACCUGUUCGUGUUGCCAGUGACAUAUUAUAUUUAAUAUUGACUUAUUAAGUAUUUGCCUGUGUGUGGCUGCCCUGCUAGUACCUUUUCCUGCAGGGUGUUAUUGAGGAAGUAGAUACUGACAUGUUUAUGUCUUUUCCUUGCUGGCCCUGGCACAGAUUAUACAGCUGUGGAAUUUACUGCCGCUAUUAAAUGCUGCGUUUUUUUCAAAAGGAAAUUGGUGGUGGCUGCCUAACAACUAGCUCAACCUUUUUUUAAAUACAAAAUUAUGUGGUUUCUUCCCUUUUCUUUCCUAGAGUUUUGAGGGUUUUACUGAUCCUUUAAAAAAUGCAUACACACACACACACACAAAUUAUGCUUACCACCUAAAGGCUUGGCUUUAUCAUAGGUAUCUGGCAAUCUGAGAAUGUUUAUUGAAUCUUUGAUUUAACUAAUGAGUAAACAUUGCAAUCAAAGAGAAAGGAGCCCAAACAACAGGGUUUCAGUUUCUGGUUGUGCCACACAGUGAGGAUAUGUAGGCUAAUCCCAUUGUCUUUCUUAAUUUCCUCAAGCUGUUGCAACUUCAAACACACACACAUGCUAAAAAGAUCUGUGAGCCUGCAAAACAAGACAUAUAUUCUAUGGCAGGAAUGGGGAAUAUGUGGCAUUCCAAAUGGACCACAGUUCCCAUCAUCCCUGACCUAUCAGCUUAGGGCUGAUAGGAGUUGGAGUCCAUCAAUAUCUGGAGGACAUAGGGUCUGCACCACUCAUUGUGAUUCACUUCAGUGUAAGAAUCAAGGACACUAUUUAAGAACCCGGAAGAAGCGGCCAUUUUGCCCAAGUUUCAAAUCAUGGGUUAUACUAUGGUUAUACAGUACUAUGGGGCGGGAGGUUCCAUUUUAUUGUGAACACAUCAGAAAACAGGUCAUUGAACCUUGCUAUGAGUCUUCUCUCACCCAGAAAACUGUGUGUGUGUCCCAUGAAACUAAACUAGCACUCCUAGUAAGCAUACAUGGCAGAGUAGACAUAAUCUUAUAUGUGUGUAUGCAAUGUAUGCGUUCUUUACUAUUAAAUUUAUACCUCAUACUCCAAAGGAGUCCAUGGGCAGCAAUUUGUGGCACAAUGUAUUUCUGUUUCUGCCUUAAUUCCCCCUGUGUAUGAAGUUUGUUGGUUCUGUUCAUGACCAAAAUACUGUGCAAGCCAGUUAAAACCUUAAAAGCAUUUUCCUUUUGAACAGGUUGCUAGAAGAGCUACUGAAUAUAUUCAAGAGUAGCAUGCAACUGCAGCUCACCUGCUUUCAAGCUUCUUCUUCCACAAUGGUGAAGACAUAAGGCAACUCUGAAAUGUAAUCGCGUUAGGAAAAGGAAACAGUAUCAGUCCCGAUAACUGCUUUUUCUUCUCUAUGUGCUUCUGUGUUUUAGUUGCCGACAAGUAACUAUGUUGGUCCAUUUGUGUCUCUUGAAUCCGAACUCCAGAGGUUAAAAAGAUUUGCCAGCCUUUCAUUGCCAGAAAGAAUGCCUAACAGAAGCUUUUGUAGUUGGGGGUUUGUCUUGAAAAUAUGCCAAUUACAAUUUUCUAUAUGGUAAUUUACCACAGCACAUGUGUUUGGCCAGCCAAUUAUCCUAUCAAACAGUGAGAAUUUUCCAGCUUCCCCGUGUUUCUAAUUAACUACAGAAAUGUGGUAAAAUUCUCCACUUUAUUGACUUACCAGGUGACGACAUGCAGAUUGUGGUUGUCAUCUAUAUUCACCAACAGUCCUCUCGGAUUUACUUACCCCAUUUGCCAGCUUUGUAAUGAUCUGUUUCAACCAGAGAACAUGCUGCGACUUUUAUGUCAGCAAAUGAUCAAACGGCUUUAUUACCCAGGAGUUGGAGGACCAAGAAUGUACUGAAAUGUUACUAUCUAAUAAAUAUAAGCAUGUACUCGUGA